CUCUCUGCCCCUCACUCAUCCCCCGACAGCGUUUUGCUGGGGGAAACAGAGCCCACCCCCGGGGGCGUGGUGAAUGCCCCCCCCCGUGAUCCCAGCUUCUUUUUUUGCAGCCUGGAGGGGGGAAUGGGUGGAGUCGACGAGCCGGGUUUCCUGAGAGGAAGUGACCCAAGGCUGCUGGAAUGCCAGCCUGGCCCCGCGGCGGGUGCUGCUGCUGCGCGCCUCUUUCUCUCUCCGCUGCGCCCCGCCUGCUCCUGAGAAGCCCCACCGGAGGCAGAGGCGGAGGGAGCGGUGGGCCGCGGCGUGGCCGAGACGAUGCCGCACUUCACCGUCGUGCCGGUGGAGGACAAGCACCGGACGGACUACGACAACUUGGAAGGACUCAGCUGGGUGGAUUACAGCGAGCCCGGCGACGGGGCGCGCCGCGCUUCCCACCAGCGCGAUGCCUACGACACGGUCAGCUCCGACGGUGAGUGGAGGGAAAGUUGGGCCGACGGCUGCAAAGUUGGCUGGCGUGUUGUGGGUGUGUGCGUGGCGGCGGCGGCGGCGGCGGCCUCUCCCUCCCCUUCCCUCCAGUCGCCUUUCUCUCUCUCUAGACAUCGCUUUUGUGUCCCGUUACUUCUGGUGGGAGGGAGCAGGUGGAGCUCGCGGAGAAAAGGCCCCUGAGCAUGCGAAGAGUUCCAGAGCCGGUCUCCAUCAAGGCUGAGGAGAGAGGCGUUUCUCAGGGCGUGUGCAGAGUAACGGAGGGAUGUCUCUGAGCAUGUGGAGAGUGGUGGGAGCCUUGUGUUCUCAGCUCUUCAGCGACUGCCGGGAAGGGAACUGCAGUGUGGGGCUCUUCAGGUGUUUCUGGAUUCCUGAUAGGCAUUGGCAGUCCAAAAACAUCUGGAGGGGCCAUACGUUCCUGAUCCCUGCGGAGGAGAAAAUGUGUGUCUCGUGAGUGUGUGCAGAAUGGCAGUGAGAUGCCUUUGCCUUGUAGCUAACUCCUAGGUCUAAUCUGUGCCAUUGUUGUUGUUUAGUCGUUUAGUUGUGUCCAACUCUUCGUGACCCCAUGGACCAGAGCACACCAGGCACUCCUGUCUUCAAUCUGUGCCAUACAGACCCGUUUUCUUUUGACCACCCUGGACAAUUGGGCAUCAUCGGCAAACUUGACCUCCCUCUCUGUUCACCCUUCAUGCUAGGUUGUUUAUGAUCAAGUUAAGAAGGCUAUUAUUUUUAUUAUUAGACUUUUAGACCACUCUUCAUCCUACAAUCUCAGAGCAUUGUAGAAACAACAGAAGACAAAUGACAAAGGAGCAUGUUCAGAGAGGGUCAGUAAGGAUGGCGAGUGGCCUGGAAAGCAGGUCCUAUGAGGAAGGAUUGGAAAAGCUGGGUAUGUUCAGCCUAGCUCAGAGAAGGUCUAGAGCAGGGUUUCCCAAACUUGGGUCUCCAGCUGUUUUUGAACUGCAGUUCCCAUCAUCCCUGACCACUGGUCUUGCUAGCUAGGGAUGAUGGGAGUUGUAGUCCAAAAACAGCUGGAGACCCAAGUUUGGGAAACACUGGGCUAGAGGAAGGCAUGAUAGCUGUCCUUGAAUAUCUGAAGGGUUGUUCAGCAUAUGCAGGAACAGGCUGGUUCCCUGUAGCUCCAGGAUGCUGCACUAGAUGGACUUUAGACCUGAUGCGGCAGGGCUUCUUGUAAUGCUCUUAUCUGUUGUGGUUAAUAGAUAUCUACUGGUAGACAUAUGCUUGGCAGAAGGCAGGAAAGUGACAGGAUGAAAAAGCCAACUAAAUAUUUGUACCUUCCAAGAGAGGAGGAGUUUUAGCUCACACAUCUUAACACUGAGCCUUGUGUGACAAGUCACCUCCCACUUCCACACACCUGUGUCAAAGCAGGUUUGGCCCUCCAGAUGUUGUUGGACUCCACCUGGCCAUAUAAAAUCGUGCUUUGGGUGGACCUGGUCCUAUAAAUAUUGAAGUAAAUAAAAUGUGCCUAUUAUAUCUGUAUCCUGCUCUUCUCCUCUGCCCUAUCCAGGAUGCCCAGAGUGGUGUUCUCUUGCAACACUGAGGUAGGCAUAGUGACACACUGUAGGGGAGGCCAGGCCACUUGGCAGCUUUCUAGACAACCAGGGAUUUGAACUCUGGUUUCUCAUUUCCAGUGUAGUUUAACAACCAGUCACUCUUCCCAGGGAACUCUGAGGGGAUUGUAGCUCUAUGGGGGGAACAGGAGUCUCCAAACAGUUAUCAGCAUCCUUAACAAACUACAGUUCCCUGGAUUCUAUGGGGGAAGCCAUGACUGUUUAUAGUGCUAUGAUGCUGGUCUAAAUGCAAAGGGCAGAUGUGGCCUUAUUUCCAGACCAAACAGAAUCUGGCAUCUCUUUCUUGAAAUGAAGCACUGAUCUGAUGGGCUAUGCAGUUCCUUUCUGUCUGCUCUUCUUUACUAUACAGUUCCGUUAAUCUGUAAUGUUCCACAAAGUUUCACUCCUUAAAAUGAAGAACAGCUGGGAUGUGUACAAAUAUGAGAAAUGAAAGCUUCAAUCCUAAAAACACCAGAGAGUCAGCCUAGUUGAACACUCAGUGGGACUUAUGUUUUGUGGAAAUGCUUCCCAGGUUAAAAAAAAAAGAAGCCAGGGGAACUGCUAACUAUUUUGGAGACUCCUAAAUCUAAAAAGGCCGUGUGUAUACCAGAGGGGGUUUACUUCUAAAGUUCCUACCCACCCUCCCAUUCUUCUGAUUCUUCCUUUUCCAUGGAAAUAGCCAAAAGGCUCAAAGUUCUUUCACCCACCCUGCCACUUCAAUUCACAUUUUCAUGAAUAGGGAGCCUGUUGAUGUUGGAGUGGAAAAGCCACAUUAGUCAUAAGGCCUCAGCCCUUUUUUUCAGAUGCAGAAGGGUGGCUUAGCCUUAGGAAAUGAUCUCAGAACUCUUCCCUAACAGGGUCUUAUUACAGGGAAAUGCAAUGGAAUGGUUACAGCUGUCUUCUCCACCCUGAUGUCCUCCGAGUCCAUUGGCCAUGCUGGCUAGAGCUGAUGAGAGUUGUAGUCCAAAGCAUUCAGAGGACCGCAAGGGUGGUGAAGGUUGGUUUUAUAUGACCAGUGUUACUAUCUUAAUCAUUGGGAGUCAGAAAGAAAUACUUUCUUGUUUCAGACACCUGUUUAAAAUGGUGAUUUUUGGUAUGCAUUGAUUUAAAUGUCAUGCAGCUCCAGGGAGUCUUCAUGAGGUGGAUCUUCUGCAACCAAACCAAUCAUGGUUCAGAGUAGGGUUCAGGAGUGGAGCUGCUUUGAUUGAUUUAAUUGGCUAAUGAUAUUCACCUAAAGUCGGGUGUGAGAGAGCUUAUUGCUCAGUCCUCUAGGCUGCUCAGCUGCAUUUGAUGCUGUAAAUCAGGCUUGCAGGAUCUAUGUUGUAGUCUUUUACUAGGACACCAGGGGCCACCAAUCAGAACCAGGUGCAAAAUGAGUCCAGUUAGUGCACUUGGGGCCAUGCAGUGGAGUGACCUGCAUUUAGAGCAGCGGUGUCUAAUGGGCAAGAUGAGCGUAAGAACUUAAUCUUGUAACCUUUGAUUUGGGUAGCCUUUUUUACUGGGUGUUAACAGGGGUUAGAAUGUUGGGAUAAGGAUUUGGGUUCAGAUUUUCCCACAUGACCAUGAAGUUUGUUGUGUGAGCAUUGGUCUGCAAAACACUCACAGCCUAAUCUACUUCAACAAAUUUUUUUUACUUAGGUUUUAUUGCGCAACAUAUAUUGUAAAUCUGUUUGAGACUUUUUAGUAUAAAGUAAUAUCCAAGUCUAAUACUAUUGCAAAUUGUUUUAGGACAUUAUUGUGGGAACCAAUUUAUCAGUUCAGUAAACUAAACUCAGGGUUGUGGUCAGCUAAGUCCUACUCAGAGUUGUAGACCCAGUAAAAUUAAUCAACCCAAGUUAGUUGUUUCCAACUUUUCUGGAUCUAUUCUGAGCAGAACUAUUGUUGAGUACCUAAGUAACCAGUCAGUCAGUCAGUCAGUCAAGGUGGAGCUAUAAGGAGAACCAUGCACGCUGCCUUAGGAAGAUAGGAAGUUGCCUUACACUGAUUGAGACCAUUGGUCCAUCUAGCUCCAUAUUGUCUACACUAAUUGGCAGUGGCUCCCCAGAGUUUCAGACAGGAGCUUCUCCCAGCUCUGCCUGGAGAUGCUGGGGAUUGAGCCUGCAACCUUCUGAACUGUGGUCCUUCCUACAGUCUUAAGCUCCUUGGAAGAAUAAGUGCAAUAAUUUAUUUUUAAAGAAAUGUUUGGGGUUAUAUCUAAAGGUUGUCCUUAAGGUUCAGUUUAUGCAAGACUCUCUGCCACUGGUCUUCUGGCAGUCUUAGCUCAACUCAGCUGGUUUCUUAUUUAGCUUGGGGCCGUCAGACAUUUGGUUUGGAUGCAGAUCAGCAGAACAUAAGUGUGCCCAUUUGCUGAAGCUUGGGCGGUGGUAGCCUUUUCAACAAUUACUUGGUAAACUGCAAAGUUGGAAGCAUUUAGUCCAAGGCUGCUCACUACAGGCCUAGUGAGCGGCUAUUUUAAUGGGUGGAGGAAACAUCAGGGAACUGCUUCAGCUUGUUUUUAAAAGUCAGGCUGUCCAGGAUUUUUUAAAAAGCAACAAUGACAGAUCAUGUUUUAAAAGCACUUGUGUGAAAUUCUGAGGCUGCAGAAGGGCUGGCAAUUCUAAAUAUAUAUAUUUAGUUAUUUGUUAUUUUUAUUUUUCCUGUGCUCAAGAUUUCAGCCUGUGAUGCUGCAAGUUCCUGUUCAGAUUUAUAUGAACAUUUGACUUACACAACUUCAGGGUAUUUGCUUCAUCUGGCCCAUGACUUUUCUGCUAUUUAGCCUAUUUAGCAAUGGAUCUCCAAUGAAAGGGCUGUGAUGCAGUGGUGGAGCAUCUGUUUUGACUGCAGCAGGCCUCAGGUUCAAUCCCCAGCAUCUCAUAAGAACAUAAAAAAGCCUGCUGGAUCAGGCCAGUGGUCCAUCUAGUCCAGCAUCCUGCUCUCACAGGGGCCAACCAGAUGCCUGUGGGAUGCAUGCAAUCAGGACCUGAGAGCAAGAGCAUUCUCCUCCUCUGGCGGUUUCCAGCAGAGCCAUUCCCCAUCAGUGUAAAUGGUACUGAGCUAGAUGGACCAAUGAUCUGAUCCAGCAUGUGGUUGAUUCCUAUGUUCUUCGGUCUCGGUCAAAGUUGUUUUUGCAUAAUAAACUGUUCCACUCUUCAGCCCCUGCAACCUAUAAUAGUGUUGUGAGAUCAUGAACGAUCCAUGGGGAAUUGGAUCUUCAGCAGUAGUCUUAUGUCGGUUUCACCCUCCUCUGCCGAGUCUGGUUGCUGCUGUGGAGCAGUCCACUUCCUGCCUUCAACCUCUCUGCCCACACCUGGUACAUUUGCCUUAAACACUGGGGUGAAAAAAGCCAUUCAGGUGUUCAUAGAAUCAAAGAAUUGUAGAGUUGGAAGGGAAACCCAAGGGUCAUCUUGUCCAAUCCCUGUUAUGGCAUCCUUAACAGAUGGCCAUCUAACUUUUGCUUAAAAACCUCCAGUGAAGGAGAGUCCACAACAUCCUGAUGGAGUCCAGUUAUUCAUUUGUUUGAAUAAUAAUAUGGAUUUUGCAUUUUAAGAAAGUGGGGACUCUGGUGCUAAAGAGAGUGGCUUGGAUCUGAUGGAGCCCUUCAGCAAACAGAAAUGGAAGGACACAAAGCAUUUUGAAUUAUUCCUUCUGUGCCACCACUGGGUGCUGAUUUGAAGGGUUCACCCAGUCCUUUGGAGCAGAGAAGUGGGAGUCAAGGGCUCCUUGUUCCCUGAAUGGAACUCUGAAACUACCCCAUUGACUUAAAUGCUGGGGGGGGGGGUGUUGUAGAUAAUAUAACUGUUUAACCAAGUGCUUUCUCUUUUGUUGACAUAAACUUGUGAUUCUCUGUUCUUUAAAGUUUAAACUCUCUAAUCUCCAGCUGCUGUUUGCUUUUCCUCUUGCGGUCAUUUGUGCACUUAGUCCUGCAGAGGUAGAGGGCUUUAAAAUACCUAGAUUAGACAGAGAGCAGGAAUGAGAUAUAAAACCACUGCGUAAAUAACUUGGGGUGUGAUCUUGUCAUGGUGUUCAGCAGGUCAGAUAUGGAAGUUUGGCAGAUCUGCAAACACUCAAUUCAUUUCAUUGGCAUAUUUGCCAGUGAUGGCCACGCCAGGCAAUCACACCCCAUUCAUGCCUUGUAGGACUCUUCGCCUUUCGCCGUCAUUUAUGCACAAUGGGUUAUUAUUUCAUAAUUUAUUUCAGUUGCAGAAUUUCCUUGUUGCAGAAUUCCAAAAGCAAGCCAAGACCUAGGUUGCUGUUGGAGCUUCUAGUGUCCUGUACCAAGGACUGUAUCCAGAUAAGUUCCACUUAAAGUAGACCCACUGAUUUCAUUAGUUUCAGUGGGUCCUACUCUGAGUAGAACUAACAUUUGGUACAACCCCAGAUUUUCAUUUUUUCUUCAGAGUAGGACCUGGGAUACCAGGGUUCAGAUCCCUACUCAGCCAUGAAGCUUACUGGGUGGCUCUGGGCCAGUCACUGCCUCUCAGUCUAACCUACCUCACAGGGUUGUUGUGAGGAUAAACUGGAGAGGGAGGAAACCAUGUGCGGCCACCUUCAGCUCCUAGGAGUAAAUGUGGGAUAGAAAUGUAAUAAAGCAGCCCAUUGCUGCAGAGGCCAUGGGGCAACGGAAGGAGUAUAGGUAAGCUUGGCUGUAGGGUCCCCUGCAACUAGAGUGACCCGGUGUCAGUGAAAUAUUUGCAUGUACGUAUGUGCCAUGUCAUUGUUGUCACAUAUGUACAGCACUAGUUGGGUGCACAUAAGUUCCUGAUGCUAUGAACAAUAUUUUUGACCAGCGAGAAGGCAAAACAGGCCUAAAUGUAUGUCAGGCACAUCCAUGGAUGUUCUCCAGUAGUAGAUUCAGCGGCAAACUAAAAGUGUGUGGGGGGGCACUUCAUUUUCAGUCCCUGUCCUUCCUCCCAAAGGAGUUAACUGGAAAACCUUGGGCCAGCCAUUGCCUUCUUCCUUUAUUCUACCUCAAAGGCUUGUUGUGAUGAUAAAAUGGGAAGAAUCUCAUAUUUGUUAACCUGAGGUCUUUGAAGAUAUUAUGGAAUGCAGAAAUGUGAUAAACAAAAUUAUAAACAAUACCAGAUGAGAGGGUAAUAGUGUGAGUUUGAGAGGGUAAGCACAUAAUAAUAAUAAUAGGAAGAAGAAAAAGCUAUUUUCUCUAUAAGAAUUAUUUAUUGUGUUUAUACCCUACCUUUCCUCCAAGAAGCUGAAAGUGGUGUUCAUUAGAGUUCUCUUCCUCCCCCAUUUUAUCCUCACAACAACAACCAUGUAAGAAAGGUUAGGCUGCGAGAUGGCAACUGGCCCAAGGUCACUAGGGAUUUGAGCCCCUGUCUCCCAGGCCUAGUUCAACACCCCCUAACCAAUGAUACUUACUGCCUCUUACCCACCUUUUGCUAUAAUAAGGUCUCAGGGUAAGUUGCAAUGAAAUAAGAAUACAAUACUAAGACAAUAUUAAGACAAUUGCAAUGGUUAUGUGUCCAAAGAAAAAUCGCUGCUAUGGGGAGGGAGGGAGCAUAGCUCAGUCACAGAUCAUACAGUUUGCCCCUGGAAUCUUCAGUUAAAGGGGUCUUAGGUAGUCAGGAAGACCCUUUUGUGCCAGAUGAGCUGGAAAGCAGCUGCCAAUCAGCUUAAAGAACACUGCACUAGAUGCACAAAUCAUCUGCUCUGGUGUAAGGCAGCUUCCUAUUUCUCUCUGACCCAAUCAGGUUUGAGGGUGCUCAAAGGCUGAGCCUAGAGGGUUCCAAAGAGUUCUGUGGUAGUUGUGGAGUGUGAAUCGGCUGCUGUUGGUUGGUUAGGUGGUUAGGAAGGCCCAACAGAGACUCCAUUUCCUCAGGGUCUUGCAAAAGAACAACGUCAAAAAAAAAUUGAUGAUCUCCUUCUACCGGGCCACAAUAGAAAGUGUCCCUUCAUACUGUAUAACAGUGUGGUACGCUGGUUUGACAGCCCCGGACAGGAAGUCCCUACAGAGGGUGGCGAAUACAGCACAUGACAUCAUGGGCUGUCCUCAAAGUUUACUAGAUGACAUCGCGGGAGUCCGCUGCCUCAGGAGAGCGAGGAAAAUUCUUAGGGACGACUCACACCCUGACCAGCACUUCUUUAAUCUCCUACCUUCGGGCAGGAGAUACAGAAGUAUAGUCAGCCGCACCAACAGGUUAAAGAACAGAUUUUUAUCCAUGGGCUGUUGGGCUGCUGAAUGGGAAAAAAUAGUGGUGUAAUUGACUUCUGACAAGCACACAGAGCGCGAACAAGACUGAGUGUAUGGGGGGGGGCCUCGUUUAAUUUCACUGCACACAGGUGGUGUAGUGACAAUAAAGGUUUAUUUAUUAUUAUUAUUAUUAUUAUUAUUAUUAUUAUUUGUUGUCAGAAAUUCAGGAGAUCAUAUGAGAUACUAAAUCUUCGGGUGACUGCUUUAAUAAGAUUAAUGUCAAAAGCUUUCUCCCUGUUGCUGCAUGGAAGCCUCUGAAGACAGAUGAGGCUUUGUCUCAGCUUGCUACACCUUCAAAGACCCAACUUCUCUGCGUGCGUCAACAUUUAACUUUUCUUCUUUCUCCCCCCUGGAGCAAUUUAUUUCCCUGGUUUGCACCAGUGUGCCUUGUGUUUCUUUGCUCUUUUAAAAAUUAUUUUCCUCCUGAGCUGGGUUGUCAACUAUGAUGUCUCCCGCCCCUUUGGAGUCUGAAGCAAUACAGUCUUUAUGCACACUUACCUGUGCAUAGGGAGCUGCCAUUUUUUGACUGGUUUUGGUAACCAAGUUAAACUUGUGGUUGCCAGGACCUUGGUUCCCCCUGUUGUCACUGGCUUUUUUCUUAUACCUCCAUGAGAGAUCAGGAACAAUCUCCUUUCCACCCCAGGUUUCAGUUUGGGGAGGGUGAUGUGGAAGGGCCACAGCUUAGUGCUAGAGCAUCUGUUUUGCAAUCAGAAGUUCCAGGUUCAAUCACUGACAUCUCUGAGUAGAACUGGGGAGAGACUCCUGUCUAAAACCAAUGUCAAUCUGUGCAGACAAAACUGAUGGUUUAACUCGAUAUAAGACAGUUUCCUGUGUUCUGGGCUGACUGCUGCACAGCUAGGGUAAGUAAACAUUCAUAAGGUUGCAUUAUAAAAUGAUUAGUUCUCCUCCAGAAAGACAACCAGUGUCAUUUUUGUAUUUUGCCAUCUCAAGUGUGACAAAGCUGCAUUUGGUGUCCUGCAGAAAGUUGUUUAUCUUCCAGUGACUUUUGUUUGUUGAUCUGAAACUGCUAAUAAGGCAGGCUGUCACUGACCUAGUUUGGGAGUGUGCCACUGUUGACUUUACUGUCUGAUUGCCAGGUGCAUAAAUUCUUUUAGUUUGCAGACAUGGCAGCAUUAAUGUAAUCAGAUGUAAACCCUCCAAGGUACUGGAAGCUGGCCUUUCCAGUCCAGCAAUCAAAUGGGUUCUUCUUAUAUCAAUAUCUUUCAAUUUAAAAAAAUAAUAAUCUUAUGAACUAUGGGUUAGGAAUCAUGUGAGGAACCAUUUUUAACUUUUUAAACAUGAUGUGUGUAACUUGCUUGGUCACACUUGUUUUGGAAGUAGAGGUUUUAAAUACACAGAGCUGAAAUGCAUCAGAGCUUUGGGAAACUCAUCUGGAGGUUGGUUAUACUGCGGUGGCUAGCUUGAGGCUGAUAAUGCCUUUUGCUUGCCUGGUUGGAGAAGGGUGUGUACGUUUGUGUAGAAACUAGCUUAUUACAUUUGUUCCGCCCCAUUUCACCACUGUUACGUGCCCCCCAGAAGGCUGCCCACAAGGCAGCCUUCCCUUGGGCAGAAAAGUGUUCUCCACCCCUUCUCUGCACACAGGUUCAUGGUAUGUACAGAUCAAUGUCUGGUAGGGUGGGGCCUUGCCUGCUGGCCCAGCCUCUGACCUCCUUGUGGCCUGCCUGCCCAGAGCCUAGCAGUAGAGAUUGAAAGUUGCUAAGAAAACUGAAAAUGGCUGUCCCAUCUGGAAAUACUCUUGCUCUGGACCCUGGGGCAGGCAGAUCAAAGGGAAAGAGGCAUAUGGUGGGGCUGGAUUUCAUUGACAGCUUGAAGGGUGCAAACUGAUGAGGAAGCUCCCUCAUCUUCUGACCUAGCUCUUCUGCCAUCUACAGACAGAUGUGUGUGGGCAGGCUGUAGCUAACGGAUGUUGCGUGUAACAUUCUUGGGCUGCUACUGAUUCCAAGUUGCAUUAGAUUAUUAGGAACGUAGAAAUCUGCCUAAUACCGAGUCAGGCCAUUGGGCCAUAUAGCUUUGUGGUAUCUUCACUAGCUUUGUGGCAGCAGUUAUCCAAGGUUUUGGGAAGAAGUCUUUCUCUGCCCUACCUGGAGAUGCCUGGUGUUUGAACAGAAAAACUCAUUCUAAAGUAAUAAUAAUAAUAAUAAAUGUUUCUUUUGCAUUAAAAAUAAUUAAGUUAAAAAUAUAUAUUGAUCAAUUAAUUUGGGACAUUUUCUUAGCUAGGUCAAAAUGUUUUUUUCUCAUUUGAACUAACAAAUUAAUUGACCAGUCAUUGCUAGAGCUGCAAAGGCUGGGGGGGUGGGGGUGGCAGGAGGAAUUGCCUACUCCUCCUGCCACUCCUCCCCUAGCCUCCACAUCUCUAUGCAGCCCUAGUUAUUAGUAAAGAUUAUAAUACUAUUACUUUGCAUUUAUAAAGCACUUUCUAAUCUUCAAAGUGCUUCAUGUUCAUCUCCAUAACCCUUUCAACAGCCUUGUGAGGCCUGAGGCAAAGCUGAUCCCCCACCCCCCACCUAAUUCUCUGAGGCAAGGAAGAUCUGGAAAAUAGGACUCCAGAAACUAGCCUAUUACGUUUGUUCUGGGGGAGGAGGCGGUGGCAAAGUUUUGAAGAUCCUGCCUGUCACAUCCAAGGGGAGGUGUCAUCUUAAUUUUCUAAUGUCUUCCAACUCAGUCAGGUAAAUGAGCAGUCAUGUAAUUAUAUCUGGACUUUUCAAGUGUAUUGGAAGACUUGGAGAAAGGACUUGUGUGAUGAGCAAACAGUAUUAUAAACAGCCUUCCAGGAUGUUGUAAUUUGCAGCUGGAAGAUUGCCUGCUAACGCAGUUGCCUUGUGCUAAGUCUGACCAUUGGUUCAUAUAACUCAGUAUUGUUUACACUGACUGGCAGCUGCUCUCCAGGGUUUCAGGCAGGGGACAUUCUAGCACCAUCUGGAGAAGCUGUGGGUUGAACCUGGGACUUCCUGUGUGCAAAGAAGGUGCUCUGCCAUUGAGCUACAGCUGUUCCUUGACCAUUUUACUGUGUACUGUUCUGGUUGCCUCACCUCAAAAAGGAUAUUGUAAAGUUGAAAAAGGUUCAGAAAAAGGCAACCAAAAUGAUGAAGGGGAUGGAAGUGACUCCCCUAGGAAGAAACAUUGCAGCAUAAGAGGUGACCUCAUAGAAGUUUAUAAAAUUAUGUGGAUAGAGAAUAUCUUUUCUUUCUCGCCUAACAGUUAGAACUCAUGGACACCCAGUGAAGCUGAAUGUUGGAAGAUAAAACCAAAGCAUUUCUUAGAAAGUGCAUAGCUAAACUUUGGAACUUCCUGCCACAGGAGACAGUGAUGGUCACCAACCUAGAUGGCUUUAAAAGAGGAUUAGACCAAUUCAUGGAGGAGGCUAUUGAUGACUGCUAGCCAUGAUGGCCAUGCUCUGCCUCUACAGUUGGAGGCAGCAAUGCUUCUGAAUAACAGUUGCAGGAAGCCACGGGAAAAGGUAGUGCUUUUGUGUUCAGAUUCUGCUUGUGGAUUUCCCACAGGCAUUUGUUUGGCCACUGAGAACAGGAUGCUGGACUAGAUGGGUCAUUGGCCUGGUCCAAAAAGCUCUUAUGUCCUUAUAUACAUCCCUGCAGCUUUUCCCACCAGCUAUGGAAAAUAAAUAGGAACUGUACUCUUGGGGAGCGGGUAGAUUCUGAGAAGAAAAAUAGAAAGAAGAGUUCCUCGCAUUUAUUAUUAUUAUUAUUAUUAUUAUUAUUAUUAUUAUUAUUAAUUCUUAUUUAUUUAUACCCCGCCCAUCUGGCUGGUUUCCCCAGCCACUCUGGCUUUGCCAUCUCCGAUGGAUGCUUUUCUGUUUUGUUUUUCCUGUGUCUGGAGGGUGCUCAGUGAAACCACUUUUGUUGGGAAAUGUGGUCCUAAAGAGCCAUCUACUGUAGUGUGUUCACUGGCAAAGUGAAAUGUGAACUCUGGGCCUCCUGGUUCACAGCUUGGUUGGUACCCUUGCCUCUCAGCAGCAGUGGCCACUCUUCUACCCUCUGCUGCAAAAAAAAAGGGGGGGAAAGCUACCUGAUUACCCUUUAAUGAACAGCUUAAACCUGGCUUGUUUGCAGCAGUGAAGCCCCCUGCUAAGUGGAGAUUAAGGCUGUUUCCUGAUCUCUUGGCCAGCAAAGAAGUCUACCAAAAAAACAUACAACCCCUUUGCACUCAUUAUUUCCUUUUAUAAGCAAAUGUCACAGAAUGGGCGACACUCAGCACAACAGCAGCAUAAGAGCUGGUACUGGUAAGUGGUUUCCAAGUUUUGUGUAUGUUGGUGGGACUUCUGUGCUUGGAAUAAAAAAUCUUAAGUGUUUUUGUUCGUUGAUAAUGUUCUCCACCUUAACAGGAUAGAAUUAUUUGCAAGCUGGCAAACCAAGCAUUCUGGGGUUUUUUGUAAAGUCUUACAAGGGGAAAGGCUUGGGGCUCAGUGGUAGAGCACCAGCUCUGCGUACAGAAAGCCCCAGGUUCAAUCCCUGGGAAAACCCCUGCCUGGGACCCUGGAGAGCUGCUGCCAGUCAGUGGAGGCGGCACUGAGCUAGAUGGAUCAAUGGCCUGUCUCUGUAUAAAGCAGCUUUCUAUGUUCCUGUUCAGGGUGUUUGUUCUGUUUAUAUGUUGGCAUGGGCUAGUCAUAGUCUUCUACCUGUCAGUUGGGACCCACAGGUGGGUCCUGAGGCCACACCAGGUGGGUUGCAGCAAAGCUGCCACCACCAUGUUGUAAUCCAGCUCAGUAUGACUGGACCAAACAUGAGUGAAAUCCUUAAUUCUGUUCUAGGAAAAUGUGCAGAAAUCGAAAUUUAAAGCUAGUACUCUGGAUAGAAGUUCUCAGCAAAGAAAUGGGUUCUGAACACAAAACUGUUGUUACGCUUAAAAGUGAUCACAAGUGCUUCAGCAUGAAGUUCUGAAGUUUUUGAGAAAUAAAUCGCUGGCAUAGGCUUUUUUUAUUUGACAACUCAUAAAUGUGGCUUUUUAAGAUUGGCAUACCUUAUAGAUGUGUUCAGUUGCUUUAAUGAAAAACCUCAAUGCCAGGAAGAAAUUUUACAAUUUUUGACUGUUAAGAUAUUGGAGGCAUUUAAAAAAUGCUGAAACUGAUUGAGAGGUUAGUAAAAAAUUCCAUUGACAUAGUUCCAACUGUUGCACAAUUUUUUUAUUAUUAUUUUAUAAAGGUCAAACAAUAAAAAUUGCUUAUAGCAAAGGAGUUGUUAUGCAAUGUGCAAAACAGUAAAUUACAAGUUUUGGUUCCUAUUUCCACCCAAAGUUCUGAGGGUAUAUAGUGGAUACAGUCACUAUAUGCUGUACACAGUCUCUAGAAUUAAGAUAUGAGUUCCAGAAACAAUUCAUUGAGCUCUAAUGUGACGCAAGUACACUUUCAGUAACUAACAUCACUAAAGUGUAGGAUUUUGGUUAGUAAAUGAUACCCAGAAUUGGCAACUGAUGCUGUCAUCUGCUUCCUGCUAUUUGGUAACCAUGGUAACCCUAAUCAUCAUCAUCAUCAUCAUCUAGGAGAAACAUGCCCAGGUGUCAGACUGAAACUGUGAGUCUGUCAGUCGCUUCUUGGCCUUUCAGCUAAGAUCAAAUGUCAGCAUCACUGGCUUUCAUUUAGUACUAAUGCUAAAGCAAAGCUAAGAAUAGUGCUUUGUGAGUUGCCAUUUUAGAAUGAAUAGUAAUGCAUUGCUAGCACUGUUUAUAAAGCAGGAGUGGAAAAGUACAGUUGGGUCCCAUUUUGCAGAUUGGGAAUCAGAGGUGAGUCUCAAGUCUAGAGCCGUUUAAGACCACUGGGCUAGAUGAUGAAAUGUUCUGGUUUCUGUUGUGUGUGUUCUUAUUCUUUGCAUGCAGGAUGCUUUGUAGGUUGUUGUUGUAUUUAAAGGAUUUGAUUGGGAUUGAGGACCUCUAGCCUGCUAGCCUAAUUAUGUCAUAUAAUUUUCUUUCUUUUUUUUAGUGUGGGAUGUCUUAUGGGGAAUUUGUGUAGUUGGAAAAUCUGCUUUUAAAACACCCCAACCAGAGUCUUAGUCCAGAGUCUUACAAUUACCUAAUUCCAUACACAUGAGCAAAGGUGUCCGAGGUACUCAUGUAGGGAUUUUUCAAACUUCUGCAGUUGCUUCUGCAGAUACUUCUGCAGUUUUCAAACGCCCUUCAUCAUAGGUUUUAUGUGUCUCCUUUUGUCUCCGCAAGUAGGCUGGUUCAGGAGUCAAUCCUGGAGUUCUCAGUAGUCAUGGGGGAUUUGAGGGAUGUGGCCACCUACAGUGAUAUUUCAGGUCCUUCCCUUGAUUUAUCAGUUUGGACCACCUUCUGGUUAGAGAGGCCCAUGCAUUCCACCCCAUUCAGUACACUAUGAAUUUACAUGCCUCAGUCAUCAUCAGCUCCCCCAUUGCUAGCCAUAUAAACUAGUGAGACCUUUGUAGAAAUUUCUGUCCAAGAGGCAUAGCUGCUGAAGGAGAAAACUACAAUGAGGAUUAGUUUCUCGCAGUGGCCUAAGGCCAUUGUGUUUCAUGCACAUGGAAACCGCCCAAUGUAAGUGUUUUCAGGACAAAAUGAAUGCUCACGGCUGUACUUCUCACAUGGCAGGGGAUUUAGCUUGCUGCAGGAAACAAGGCCUGUGUGAUGUGAGGUGUCGUGUGUGUGUGUGUCUGUCUGUCUGUCUAUACAUCUGGAUGCAAGUUUUGUGUGAUCAAAGCCUCACCUCAUAUUCACAUUUCGAAAACAAGGAGUUUGUUUUGCUGAGCUGUGUUAAUUCUCCAAGAGGGCUAACUUGUUGAGGCUUGUUGUUGCAUAGUUUAAAUUGCUGAAAUAGGAGCCCAAGAAUGUGUUGUGUUAAAGAGAGAGAGAGGCUCCAGCAUGUUAAUUGCAGUUGCCCUACCCAACAUUUGCAAAACUCCUGUUGCUUCUUGGGGAAAAUGAGGAGAUUGAGUGAUGUUUUGGCUAGAGUGGUCCAUGCUUCUCCUAUAGGUGGGGCUCACAGCAGGCAUGCAGUGCCUGUCCCCCUCCCCCCUGCAAAGGCACAUUUGUGUUGCAUGAUGCAACAUUGCAGAACCAGCUUCUUUUUUUAAAAAAUGAUAUUUAUUAAAGUUUCACAUGAAAAGAAACACGUUAAUAAUAAAAAAGAGAAUUUAAAAAGAAAAAGAAAAAUACACAAUACAGAAUACAAAAAGCAAAAAGAAAAAACAGUUAAAAACAAUUCCAUCUUUUCAUCACUACUUUUACAUUUACUUAUUUCCCAGACCUCCUCAUACCUCCCUCUUUUAUAUUCCAAUUCAGUUUGUUUGUCCAGCAAUUCCUUUCCCUCCUUUUUAAUCCCAAUCCUUAAUCUUAAUAUAAUAUAACAUUAAAUUUUUACCUAUUAAAGACCAAUUUUCCAUUCUUUUAACCUUUUUAAUCCUAAUCCUUAAUCUUAAUCUAUAUAUAACUUUAAAGCCUGUACAGCUAGAAGCCACUGAGUUUCAAUCCAACAUCACUCUAACAUUCUUUAAUUUUGCAAUAUUUCUGUAAGUAAUCUUUGAAUUUCUUCCAAUCUUCUUCCACCGACUCUUCUCCCUGGUCACGGAUUCUGCCAGUCAUUUCCGCCAAUUCCAUAUAGUCCAUCAAUUUCAUCUGCCAUUCCUCCAGUGUGGGUAGCUCUUGUGUCUUCCAAUACUUUGCGAUGAGUAUUCUUGCUGCUGUUGUGGCAUACAUAAAGAAAGUUCUAUCCUUUUUAACACCAAUUGGCCGACUAUGCCCAGGAGAAAGGCCUCUGGAUUCCACAAGAAGCUAUAUAUAAAGACCUAUUUAAAUACAUGAUAUAUCAUCUCCCAGAAAGCCUUAAUCUUUGGGCACGUCCACCAAAGGUGAAAAAAUUUACCUUCAGUUUCUUUACAUUUCCAACAUUUAUUAUCAGGCAAGUGGUAGAUUUUUGCAAGCUUAACUGGGGUUAUGUACCACCUGUAUAUCAUUUUCAUAAUAUUCUCUCUUAGGGCAUUACAUGCCAUAAACUUCAUACCUGUGGUCCAUAACUGUUCCCAGUCAGUGAACAUAAUGUUGUGUCCAACGUCUUGUUCCCAUUUAAUCAUAGCAGAUUUCACCGUUUCAUCCUGAGUGUUCCAUUUCAGCAGCAAGUUAUACAUUCUUGACAAAUUCUUAGUUUUGGGUUCUAACAGUUCUGUUUCUAAUUUUGAUUUUUCCACCUGGAAAGACUCUCCUCCGUGGAAGAGAGGGGAGUGGUUGUGGGCGGGAGCCCGAGCACCGCCCCUAGCAGGGGGCGGUUGCCCCCUGCCUCCACCUCACCUGGCUGGCGCCCACGCCCCGUCUGCUGGCAUCCAACCAGGUGCCUCGGAGGGGCGUGUUCAGCAGCCUUAUGCUGCGGUGCCAGCCUCUCCCUGGCCUCAUUCUUCGCCGUCGUCUCGUCGCGAGUCACCCACCCUCCACUCCCUUAGAGUUAGGGCUUAGGUCAUUGGCCUUGCUAUGGACCUUAGGUUGGUCGCCCUGGUUGUCCAGGGGGCCUGGUAGGAGUUUUUCCAUUUGGCAUUAGGCUUUUUUCGACAACCUCGUAGCAAUCGUCACAACUUUUGUGGUAUUGGUGGGUAGGUUAGGCAUUGGAAUAAUGUGUUGUGGUGUGUCGAAGGGCUAGGUGUGGCCAUCGCCUAUGCCUUCAAUUUUUGGGUAUUCCGUUAAAGGAAUCUGGCGGUCGUGUGUUCUGUCCGAUGCCUGCUUGGCGGGAGGCCAUGGCACGACCCUCGGUGACAUCAGGGGGGAGCCUAUAGUUGGAUUAGCAUCAACAGGCUCCACCUACUGGUGAAUAAACCCACGUGUUUUAGAGAUCCAAUGCCUAAGCCAAUACCUUUUCACUGCUGUAAUCAAUAAAGUUGUGGCCUUUCCAUGCCCAUUAACCUUAUAUCACGUGUCCUUGUGUAUUCAUUUCACAUCGCGGGGGUCGGGUCCUCGAACCACAAGCCAAUUUUCUUGUCCAAAUUGUAUGCCUCCAUUAUCUGAUAAUAAUGAAGCCAGUCUCGCACUUUGUUUUUUAAUUUUUCAAAACUCUGCAACAUUGCAGAACCAGCUUCAACAUGCUGGCAUCACUGAAACCUGGUGGGAUAAGUCCCACGAUUGGAAUGUAAUAAUGGAGGGAUACAAUCUAUUUCAGAGAAACAGACCAGACAAGAAAGGAGGAGGAGUGGCGUUAUAUGUCAGGGAUGUGUAUACUUGUGAAGAGAUCCAAGAUUUAGAACCUCAAAGCCAAAGUGAGAGCAUUUGGGUCAAAAUUAAGGGAGAGAAGAAUAACAGUGACCUCAUUGUGGGAGUUUACUAUAGAUCCCCAAGCCAAACGGAGGACAUAGAUGAUGCCUUCCUGGAACAGAUGGCCAAGCAUGCAAAAGGAAGGGAGAUAGUAGUAAUGGGGGACUUCAAUUACCCGGAUAUUUGUUGGAUGUCAAACUCAGCCAAGAGCAUAAGGUCAAACAGAUUCCUCACUGGCCUUGCAGACAACUUCAUUGUCCAGAAAGUGGGAGAAGCAACAAGAGGAACAGCCAUUUUAGAUCUGGUCCUAACCAAUGUUGAUGACCUGGUUAGUGGGGUAGAAGUGGAAGGAUCAUUAGGCGCGAGUGAUCAUGCUCUUCUGAAGUUUACUAUACAGCGGAAAGGAGCAGCCAAGCAUACUAGGACUCAAUUUCUUGACUUUAAGAAAGCCGACUUCAUAAAACUUAGGGAAGUGCUGGGUGAGAUCCCAUGGACAGUAAUACUACAAGGAAAGGGAGUUCAUGACGGCUGGGAGUUUGUUAAGAGGGAGAUAGUAAAAGCACAACUUCAGGCAAUACCAAUGAGACGGAAACAUGGAAGGUGCCUUGUCAGAGCCAGCCGUAAAAAUGGCGAAGUUUAGCAUAAAAUUAUGACACAGAGAGCCAGCAAUAUUUUCAUGAUGGUAGGAGCAGCUCCUCUCGAACUUCCCUCUCCUCCUCCUGGUUACUUCUUUAUUCCUUUGUCCCUCUCCAGCCGCAUGGCUGUUUUGCCAGUGUCUCACGUUACCUCAUCCGGUCAAGGCUUUUAUUGCCCCCUUCACCAUAUAGGGCAUCACUCCCCAGAGGAAACACAGCUCCAAUACAUUCCAUUACAUUGUAAAGCUCAGAGUGCUGGUCAGCCAAGGUCAGGGGGCAACCUGCAAUAUUACAAGCCUUUACCGUGGCUUUAUGACUCCCACAUUCCCUCUUUCUUUACUUUAUACCAGAGUCAAUACGCGAUAAGCGACUCUUUGACACCGGAAGCGGGCCGCGGACUGGAGAACCAUGCAGUACAUAUAGAAAUUAUAGAAAGAAUACAUUGGAUACAGCAACACAAAAUAAUGCAAAUAACUACUAUAAUGAUCACUAAAAUCAAUAACUACUAUAAUGAUCACUAAAAUCCGGAAGCCAAGAAUAUAAGAAUUCUGAUUCCAAGCUGCAUGGUAGGCUUCCUUUUAGUUUAAUAGCCAUGCACUGGUGUCACUACUAUAGCACUGAGAUUGGUCACUGUUCCUGUAAGAGAACAAGAGCUAUUAAAAGUGAAAUUCAAUGUAUAUUGACAGUUUGGAUAUAUGCCCCAUGAUUCUUUCCCCUCCUUAAUUUGAAAAUAACAAAAAGUUUGCUUAGGGGAUAUAAUAUUAGUAAAUUGAAAAGAUCCAUUGACAGGCACACCAUGAAGCAUUAUGCCUGAAUGACUGGCAUACACACCCAACAUUUAGAAGCAUGCAAUAAACUGGCAAACAUAAUCAUAUCUUGUACAAAAAUAUUAUCCCUCCAUAUCUUAUGAUAAUUUUCUCCCCUAAAAGUCUUAUUCAACAACGCUGUUCUUCUAGUUCAAAAGUGGCUGAGCCGUGGAUACUGCCAGCCAGAGUAGGAUUCUGGCGACAGCUGCUUGCCAGCCGAUGAGGUGAAAUAUGGUGGUUUCCACUGGACUGGGUCGUCUGCUGGAUCCUUGUAUAACGGUGCAGCAAAGGAUGGCAAGGCAAAUGGUUAGGAAGGCAAACACUGCCAGGUGCAGCUCGUGUGCAGCACCUCUAGGUGGCGCAUGCGGAAAGGUUUCAAUGCUUCACCCACAAAAUGUUGACAAAGUGUAGGGGAGUUCCGCAUGCCUUGAGGCAGGACAACCCACUGAUAUCGCUGGGUGGGCUGCGAAUUGUUAUAUACUGGCAAUGUAAAAGCAAACUGUUCCCUGUCUGCUGGAGCCAGUGGGAUGAAGAUGGUUCAAUGUGGCCGAAAGUCAAUUGUUCAGAAAUAAGCUGUUCCGAGAUAGCUGGUGCCGCGGCGGCGGAUGUUGCGUGUGGUAGAGGCCACUGUUCUACCCCCCCUGGGGUAUCGGUGAUCCUGGUUUGCCACCCUGGAAAUAAGUUGUAUCGGUGGCUACAGGCUGGUUUUCAUUUAGCGCUGCUGCCAGCAGAUAAGCCUUGUGGGUGGCUGUAAUUACAGACUGACAAAUGCGAAGCAUGGCUGCUGUGUCUGUGGCAGGAUUGUGUAUUAUCGGUCGUAACGCAACCUUACAAUCCUCGUUGGCAUUUUCAAAGGCCAAUUGUUUGAUAAUUAUUUGUUUGGCUUCAGGAUUUUCAAUUUGGCGACUCAUUGCUGUAAGCAGCCUGUCCAUAAAGGAAGAAUAUGAUUCUCUUGCCUCUUGCCUGAUUGAACCCCACCUUGAUUGAAUACUGGGUUCUGGGAUUUUUCUCAUUGCUUGUUUAGCAGCAAGAGCAGUGUCCCUCAAUAAGAUUUGCAGCAGUGUGGCUUGCACUGAAGCUUGAACGAAGGGACCACGCCCCAACAUGGCAUCUAAGACGUCUGCGAGGGUAACAUUUGGAUUAUUUCCUCUGACUUGUUGUAACAAGGCUGGAGCAUAAGCACGGCAGGCAGUUUCCCAUUCGUGGGCAAACAAAACACCAGCUGAUGGGGGCAACACUGUAUGGGCCUCUGGAACCAAGAGCUGGGCUAAUGUGGCUUCUAAAAGCGCCUGCGUAUAUGGGGCUUGGAGUCCAUUGGCCUUUACUGACUGUUGCAGCUCUCUCAGAAUCUUAAAGUCAAAAGGUUGGUGUUGGGCUUGGGUGCCUGCUGGAGCGCCAGCAGGGGGCACAAUAACAGGGAAUGCCAUAGUAUCCUGAAUUAAGGAACAGGCAAGGACUGCACGUUGAAAAGGUUCUGGUUCUGGUUCUGCCGCUGAAAGAUUAGGAUCAUUGCCAGCCAGACCACUGUAUUUUUGCAGGAUUGAGUCCUCAGGUGAGGAACUGUAGUCCGGAGGUUUGGGGUCUGGAGCUGCUGCUGGCAAAGCAAGUAUUGGAACAGUCUCUAACACAGCAGGCUGAAGUAAAGAAGCUGAAGGUUGUGUUGGCAAUGCAGCCAUAGAGAUAUUUUUUUGGUGAUAAAGAGUCCAUGGCAUAACGAACCUUGCACCAUGCAUUUAAAAUCCGAACACUUAUGCUGGGGUGCCCAUGAAAAUGUUCCCCGAUCUUGUCCCAAAGUUUUAAUUCCCAAGUCCCAUCUGCGGGAAACCAGGGGGAAUGCUCUCCAAUAGUCAGAAUGAGCUGUAUUAAAUCACCAUCCGUAACUUCCAAUUUGUUGGAGGAGAGGAGAAAUUUUAAGUCUUUUAAAAACUUCUGUUGGGGAGCAGACAAAGAGCUGCCCAUUUUUCUAAAAUCAAUAUGAAUAAGGGAUCGGAACUCACCGGGAUCUUUUUAAGAUGAAUAGCGCUUGAAACCCUGGCCGGGCGUAGUGAGCCGAUGAUAUCCUUUGCUAGGAUCGAUAAACCUCACACGGUUUCCUUUUAAAAGCCUCAGUCUGCCUCAGACUGUUUUCUUUAAGUUGCCUCACACGGUUUUCUUAGUCCUCAGACGUAUUCUUUUAUUCAGCCUCACACGGGGCACCACUUGUCAGAGCCAGCUGUACAAAUGGCGAAGUUUAGCAUAAAAUUAUGACACAGAGAGCCAGCAAUAUUUUCAUGAUGGUAGGAGCAGCUCCUCUCGAACUUCCCUCUCCUCCUCCUGGUUACUUCUUUAUUCCUUUGUCCCUCUCCAGCCGCAUGGCUGUUUUGCCAGUGUCUCACGUUACCUCAUCCGGUCAAGGCUUUUAUUGCCCCCUUCACCAUAUAGGGCAUCACUGCCCAGAGGAAACACAGCUCCAAUACAUUCCAUUACAUUGUAAAGCUCAGAGUGCUGGUCAGCCAAGGUCAGGGGGCAACCUGCAAUAUUACAAGCCUUUACCGUGGCUUUAUGACUCCCACAGUGCCUAAAGAAGCCAGGGUGGCUAUCUAAAGAACUUUUAACUGAGUUAAGAUUAAAAAAGGAUGUGUACAAAAAAUGGAAAAGGGGGGAAACCACCAAAGAGUAAUUCAAACAAAUAGCCAGCACGUGUAGACACAAAGUCAGAAAAGCUAAAGCACAGAAUGAACUCAGGCUUGCUAGAGAGGUUAAAAGCAACAAAAAAGGCUUUUAUGGGUAUGUUCGUAGCAAAAGGAAGAACAAAGAAACAGUGGGGUCACUCAGAGGAGAAGAUGGUGAGAUGCAAAGAGGGGACACAGAAAGGGCUGAACUCCUCAAUGCCUUCUUUGCCUCAGUCUUCUCCAAUAAAGAAAACAAUGCCCGACCUGAAGAAUUUGGAGCAAAUGAUUCAGCAGAGGAAACACAGCCCAGAAUAACUAAGGAGAUAGUACAAGAAUACUUGGCUAGUCUAGAUGUAUUCAAGUCUCCAGGGCCAGAUGAACUGCACCCAAGAGUAUUAAAAGAACUGGCAGAUGUGAUCUCAUAACCACUGGCAGUCAUCUUUGAGAAUUCCUGGAGAACAGGCGAAGUCCCGGCAGACUGGAGGAGGGCAAAUGUUGUUCCUAUUUUCAAAAAGGGGAAAAGAGAGGACCCAAAUAAUUACCGCCCAGUCAGUCUGACAUCAAUACCAGGGAAGAUUCUGGAGCAGAUCAUUAAGCAAACAGUCUGUGAGCACCUAGAAAGGAAUGCUGUGAUCACCAAUAGUCAGCAUGGAUUUCUGAAAAAUAAGUCAUGUCAGACUAACCUGAUCUCGUUUUUGACAGAAUUACAAGCCUGGUAGAUGAAGGGAACGCAGUGGAUGUAGCCUACCUUGAUUUCAGCAAGGCAUUUGACAAGGUGCCCCAUGAUAUUCUUGUGAGAAGCUGGUAAAAUGCGGUCUUGACUAUGCUACCACUUAGUGGAUUUGUAACUGGCUGACUGACCGAACCCAAAGGGUGCUCAUCAAUGGUUCCUCUUCAUCCUGGAGAAGAGUGACUAGUGGAGUGCCGCAGGGUUCUGUCUUGGGCCCGGUCUUAUUCAACAUCUUUAUCAACAACUUGGAUGAUGGACUCAAGGGCAUCCUGAUCAAAUUUGCAGAUGACACCAAACUGGGAGGGGUGGCUAACACCCCAGAGGACAGGAUCACACUUUAAAACGACCUUGACAGAUUAGAAAACUGGGCCAAAACAAACAAGAUGAAUUUUAACAGGGAGAAAUGUAAAGUAUUGCACUUAGGCAAAAAAAAUGAGAGGCACAAAUACAAGAUGGGUGACACCUGGCUUGAGAGCAGUACAUGUGAAAAGGAUCUAGGAGUCUUGGUUGACCUCAAACUUGACAUGAGCCAACAGUGUGACGCGGCAGCUAAAAAAAGCCAAUGCAAUUCUGGGCUGCAUCAAUAGGAGUAUAGCAUCUAGAUCAAGGGAAGUAAUAGUGCCACUGUAUUCUGCUCUGGUCAGACCUCACCUGGAGUACUGUGUCCAGUUCUGGGCACCACAGUUCAAGAAGGACACUGACAAACUGGACCGUGUCCAGAGGAGGGCAACCAAAAUGGUCAAAGGCCUGGAAACGAUGCCUUAUGAGGAACGGCUAAGGGAGCUGGGCAUGUUUAGCCUGGAGAAGAGGAGGUUAAGGGGUGAUAUGAUAGCCAUGUUCAAAUAUAUAAAAGGAUGUCACAUAGAGGAGGGAGAAAGGUUGUUUUCUGCUGCUCCAGAGAAGCGGACACGGAGCAAUGGAUCCAAACUACAAGAAAGAAGAUUCCACCUAAACAUUAGGAAGAACUUCCUGACAGUAAGAGCUGUUCGACAGUGGAAUUUGCUGCCAAGGAGUGUGGUGGAGUCUCCUUCUUUGGAGGUCUUUAAGCAGAGGCUUGACAACCUUAUGUCAGGAGUGCUCUGAUGGUGUUUCCUGCUUGGCAGGGGGUUGGACUCGAUGGCCCUUGUGGUCUCUUCCAACUCUAUGAUUCGAUGAUUCUAUGCUUGUCUAUCAUUUGAUUUCUUUGCCACAAGCACUGAAUGUGUGAACUGUCUUCAUCAAAAAGUAUUGUGUAUUGAUAUGGUACUGAUGCAAAAAUUAUGUCUGUGGUGUUGGAACUGUGAUGGCUGGUUUGUGCAUUCAAGUCAUUCAAGUUAGCCUUUGCUAACCUGGUUUACUUGGGUGAAAAUGAGAUCAUCCUUGAAGUCUUAAAUUGCAAGAGCUGGCAAGUCUGUGGUUGAAUCCCUUUUGUAUUCUUCCACAUUCUGGUAGCUUUUGAUAGCAGCAUCAUGUCUGAUGGAAUUCACUUGUCUGAUGGUCUACGGCCAGCGGCAGACCUUGGCGCCUCAAAUUUCAGCGAUGCCAAAAUUUAUCCUCCCAUGUCUCACCUUUCAUUCAACGUCAUAGUUGUGGCGUCCCAAAGGCUCCGUGCCCAGUGCACUCCCCUAAAUCUGCCUCUGCUGUGGCAAACUUAAAUCGCUUUCUGGCAACCAGCCUAGAUGUACAGAAGCUGUUAUGAUUAUUAUUACUUUAGGAAGAUGCCAGAUGGGAGGGUGUCACGUAAAACCUUCAUGGUCAUAGCAUGGAUAGCAGCCAAACAAGCCAAGUUGACACCUUGCAUUGCACUCUGCAGGGUUGGCAUGGAUGGGCAGGCAGUCUGGUAAUGGCUGGUACUUGUGGGUUUAUUUGCAUGGCUUUGGUUUGGGUGCCAUUCAUUGGCUUAGGCUCCCUAAAAUGUGUACACCUUUAAACACAGGAGUGGGUAUGCUGUGGCCCAGCAAAUAAUAACAAGGGACAUUAAGGAGGUGUAUAAGAUUAUGCCAGCUGUGGAGAAAGAGAAGAUUUUCUCCCUCAUAAUGCUAGAACCUGUGAACAUCCAAGGAAGCUGAAUGUUGGAAGAGGAAGUAGGUCUUUACAACCCAUAGUCAUCCAUCAGCUUGGAUGACUUUAAAAAAGGAUUAGACGAAUUGAUGGAACGUAAGGCCAUCAGUUGAUGCUAGCUAUGAAGGCCUUUACUGUUAUGAGGCAGACUUUCUCUGAAUGUCAGUUGCUGGAAAUCACAAGUGUGGGGAGUGCUAUUGUGCAAAGGUCCUGCUUGUGGGCUUCCCAUGGGCAUCUUGUUGGCAAUUGUGUGGACUAGAUGGGCCUUUGACCUGACCUAGCAGGGCUCUUAGACUCAGGUGUUGCUAGACUCCAGCGCAAGCCAGCCUAGCCAGUGGUCAAGGAAGAUGGGAGUUGUGGUUCAUCAGCAUCUGGAUGGCCACAUGUUUUGCCAUAAAACAUCAGCCCAGUUGAUGAGUGUAUGAAGAAGAAGAAGAAGAGUUUGGAUUUGAUAUCCCGCCUUUCACUCCCUUUAAGGAGUCUCAAAGCGGCUAACAUUCUCCUUUCCCUUCCUCCCCCACAACAAACACUCUGUGAGGUGAGUGGGGCUGAGAGACUUCAAAGAAGUGUGACUGGCCCAAGGUCACCCAGCAGUUGCAUGUGGAGGAGCGGAGACGCGAACCCGGUUCCCCAAAUUACGAGACUACCGCUCUUAACCACUACACCACACUGGCUCUCACUGCCUUUCCAGUAGCAUCUACUGUUAUACGUAGUGGCUCUCCAAAGGCUCAGGCAGAAGGAUUCUUCUUUACCUAGCUCUGCUACUUGAUAUAAUUUCAGCUGGAGAUACCAAAGACUGAAGCUGAGCCCUAUGUAUGUAUGUGUCCUCUUCCCCACCCCCCAAAUUAUCGCUCAACUCUUCAGCAUUCUUCUUGCUUGACUGACCAGAAGGAGCCGUCUCUCCUUGGUGAUGGUUUGGCAAAAUGCCCAGCAGAGGAUUAGCCACCCAAAAAGAAAGAAAGGAAAUACCUUUCCCUUGCAGAUGCUGUUGGGCUGCCGCUUUCAUAAUUCCUGACAGCUGGCCAUGAUGGCUGGGGAUGAUGGGGGUUGGAGUCCAAGAUUGGAGAACUCAGAUCUGGAGGACCACAGGUUCCCUACCCCUAAUGACUAGCCAGUGGUUUAAACCUAAGGACACACCUAUAUUGGCAAUUUUGACUUGUUUUGUAGCUGUCUUACUAUUUGUGGCUUCUGCAAGGAAGCCUAGGAAACUGGGAUUUGUUUUCUUAGAGAUCUCCUGCCUUUCCAGUAGCAUCUACUGUUAUACGUAGUGGCUCUCCAAAGGCUCAGGCAGAAGGAUUCUUCUUUACCUAGCUCUGCUACUUGAUAUAAUUUCAGCUGGAGAUACCAAAGACUGAAGCUGAGCCCUAAUGCAUGCAGAGGGUGUGCUCUGGGCACUUGUGAACAUCCUUUACCAAAUCACAAGGUUGUCCUGUAUCUUUCCCCAACCCUCUAUUCUCCGCCAUUAUCAUUCUUUGGUUUGUAAGCUUUGGGGGGUGGGAAUCUGUUGUCUUGAUUUGGAAAGCAUAACCCUCUUGGCUUGUGUGCACUUGCAUCUUUCUGUUAUUUGUAAAAUGUAAUUUUAUCUUUAUCUGGGAGCUAUCACCGUUCAGAAAGGGAUUUAUUUGCACUGUAGGUGUGCUGUUUCCGCAUACCACAAGGCAGAAGGUGCUGGUCUAUUAGGGCAAGCGACCACUACCCCACCAACCUCAAUUUGUUCUCAGCCAACCCCUCGGGUUACAUACGCUUCAGGUUACAUGCGCUUCAGGUUACAUAUGCUUCAGAUUACAGAGUCCACUAACCCAGAAAUAGUACAUCGGGUUAAGAACUUUGCUUCAGGAUGAGAGCAAAAAUCGCGUGGCGGCGGCGUGGCAGCAGGAGGCCCCAUUAGCUAAAGUGGUGCUUCAGGUUAAGAACAGUUUCAGGCUAAGAAUGGACCUCUGGAACGAAUUAAGUACUUAACCUGAGGUACCACUAUAGCUUAUAUUUGACAGUGAGGCUUGGAGGGGUUAUACCAUCAGGGUCAUAUUGGUUUUGAUUUCGCCUGAUGAUCAGGAGCCCUAUGUAGUGUGCUUGGCUGAUCAAUACCAUGCAGCUGUACAGCCGGUAGUCAGAGACUGUUGGUGUCCAUUCCAGGGAAGUACACAACUGAAUCUGUUUUGCUUUUGUUCUUGGCACCCUGGUGCUUCACAAAUAACUGGUGCUAAAUGUGGUCUAAAGGACUGGAAGGAGAAGGAGAAUGGUGAGCCCCGUUGCAGAGAAAGGCAAAGGGUUCUUGCUGAGGGGUAGGUAUUCCUUGAUUUGGGACCUGUAAUAUUUCUGUAGUUUGGUCUGCUUAUGCUUCUUUCUUUCUUUCUUUCUUUCUUUCUUUCUUUCUUUCUGAAGCAGAGUUGUUUCUCUUGUAGAAUCCUUCAGGUAGCAACAUUUGAAAUGGGUAGUUAUUGGUUUCUUUUGUUUUUCGUUCCCAUUUUUGGAAAUGCUUCAUUUCAGAAAAUUAGCUAUAGAGUGUGUAUUGAACACAAUACACCUCAAAGUUUGGUGGGCUCUCCUUCACUGGAGAUUUUUAAAGCAGAGGUUAGAAGGCCAUCUGUCAGGGAUUCUUUAGCUGUGAUUCCUGCAUUGCAGGGACUUGGACUAGAUGAAGCUUGGGGUCCCUUCCAACUUAACAAUACUGUGAUUCUAUAGUUGGGCAAUUGGAAUGGGUAUGAUACCUGCCAGAUCUAAAAUUGAAGUUGUAAAUAACUUCUGCAUGUGCUGAGCACAGUUCUUCAGACAUGCUAAAAUAAGCAUGCUGGUAGUUUUCAGUGCCUUCAAUAUAUAAUGCAAGGGUAGCCUAUUGGACUAAUGUAUCUUAAAAUACAUUCAAUCACCCUAAACUGUGUGUGAUGUUUUAAUUUGUUGGAAGCCGCCCAGAGUGGCUGGGGCAACCCAGAUAGAUGGGCGACAUAUAAAUAAUCAAUUAUGAUUACCAAAAUAAUAAUAUUAAAGCUUUGAACUUGUCUGCAUGUUUUGCAGACACAUUUAUUCAAGCUUGUGUUUGAUUGAAUUGUCCUUCACUUGGAAAAAUCCUUAGCUGCUGUUGUGAUGUGUUGUAAUUAUAUUUCCGUGUGUUUUAAGAAUCUUGUAAACCAGCCCUGGACAGACUUAAGGCUUGUGAGAUCUUUCCUCUAGAGCAGGCAUCCCCAAACUCGGCCCUCCAGAUGUUUUGGGACUACAAUUCCCAUCAUCCCUGACCACUGGUCCUGUUAGCUAGGGAUGAUGGGAGUUGUAGUUCCAAAACAUCUAGAGGGCUGAGUUUGGGGAUACCUGCUCUAGAUGCACCAACUAGAGCAUGGUGCAAAAGACAUUAACUGAGAAGGAAAGAUUCCUGAGUCCCAAAAUCUCUUUUGAGCAUCAGAAAGUAAUGGAGCUUACAGUCUUACUACUGCACAAAAUUUCCUCUCUUCUCUACCCCACCCCCAAGCUUUCUUCAUUGCAGCAGUAUAAUUUGAGGGUGGGGGUCAUUUUUGCUGCCAUUGUUAAACAAUUGGGAGGCCAAUUCUUUUUGCUGUAUUCCAAGUCACUCAGAGAUCUGCCAGUAGUUCCUGAUCUCCCAUCUUCAUACUCCAGUUGUAAAGUGCCUUAUGAGGGCAGUGUGCCCUGAAAAACCUUUAACUUUAAAAAAUCUAGCAUUUAAACCAUCCUGAACAGCUCAGUCAUAGCUAUACAUUACAUGUCAAGUCAGAACUUAGUUCCGUUACAUUUAAUGGGGCUUCCAGGUAAGUAGGUGUAGGAUUGCAACCAAAAUGCACUUAAUGGCAUAUGAAUUAUUAUUUUUUGGCCCCAGUCAAAUAUUUUAGUUGAGUUACUUUUGGCUAUUGCAUAAAUUUUUCAAAUAUUUUCAAGAGAGAGAGGUCACAAGUCUUGGGCUUGGUUAGGUAAUAAUAACAAACCAUGUGAGGUAGCCCUUAAUUCCUUAAAUGAAAUUCUGUUGUGUUUAAUAAUCCUUUUUUUAAAAAGGCAAAAGGCAAAUGAUUUGCCCAUGUGUUGGCAACUGCAUUUCCUAAAGUUAAGACACAAAUGCCUCAGGCUUCCAGUAAUUGAUUGGUCUAUUCUGAAGCAAAAUUCAAUAUUGCUAAUGAAGAUCAAACUCUUGACGUCAGCUCGCUUUGGAGAACUUACAUAUGUUGCAGCUGGAAUCAUUGACUGAAGUUGGCUUAAACCCAUGUUAUAGGAAGGAAUGGGAAAGUGAGUAACAAACGACCUUUUCACACAUUCCAUGUCAACAAAUCCGAGUUUGCCAUGGAGUGUGUGUUCAAUAGGGAAUCCCAGCCACUCCAAAUGUAUGAAGCACAUCUUUGAAAAUAUCUUUGUACAAUUCAUUCUUUACGUUUUGCCACCUCUCAUAGUUUUACAGAAAGGCAGCUUUUAAAAUGCUGAAACAAAUGAAAACAGGGUUGUAUCUAAUGUUAGUCAUGCUCAGGACAAGAUCCAUCAAAAUUAAACGAUAAGAAUAACUUAGGUCUAUUCAUUUCAGUGGAUCUGCUUUGAGUAUAACUUAGCUGACUGCAACCCAUAAGCAAUACAUUUUUCUGUGAAAUCUGGAGAUGCUGGGGAUUGAACUUGUGUACUACUGCAUGCAAACUUUACUGUUGAGCUAUGGUCCUUCCCCAAAUAUGAUCUAGUUGCCAGUGUGCCCCCUGGCCUUGUAAUAUAUCAUGUGACUCAUGCUAAAGGCUAGUCCUGAGAUUGGUUCUAAAAAUGAAAAUUGCUAAAGACGCCAAUGUCUUUGGAGGUGGGAUGGUAAAAAGGGAAUCCUUUCUGGGCAGCUGCCAGCACUCCACAAAGCUUACACGCUCCUCAUGCUCAUUUCACCCUGCAUAUUCUUAGAACGCUUGUAUAGAAGACAGCUGAAGGUGCUUGAAGAUGAAUGAUUUCACGACUUGUGAACAUGCAGGUGUCUUGUUUGUCUUUUAUUUGCAAGUUUAGCUGGAUGCUUUUAAGGUGGUUUUCCUGUUGAGUGUCUGGAGAAGUUAAAUAACACCUGACAGCUGGAAUAGUGAAAACAAACAAACAAAAAACCCCGUUACAUAAGAAAGUCAUGAUUUUUGUUUGCUUGAAAAAAUUAUUGGUUACAAAGCAUUUAUCCAAAUACAGGGGAGCUGGCCUUGAAAUGUGUUAACUUUUAAGCUUUAUGAGCUGAAGCAAUUGUGAAAUGUGCAGAUUAGUCAGAUAUUUAACUGAAGGUGAUCUUGAUUAAUGAAUGUUUCUGCCAGGGUAGUAAUGUACUCCCACUGAGAAUAUAACAAUUCAUCUAAUGCGCUGUCUGCAAUGCCCAAAUCAACAUAUUGAUGGAGAUUAAAAUAGGAUGUCCUUGCUGUGAACUUGACUUUAAACCUUUUGACUCUGGAGCUGACAGUGGAGGAAUUUGGAACUUAUGGGAAUGAUUUGAAAAGAGCAAAGAGAAAGUACAUGUUUAGACAGAGAACCACAUAUCAUCAAAGGCCACCUUGUAAAUAACUGUACACAAGCUACUAGCCCUCAAACACUUUAACCUGCCUACAUUUCCUAUAAUACAGUAUUUCCCAACCUGUAGGUUGAAACCUUGUGCAAGUGGGUCAGAGUAAGUACAUCCAAAAAUGAUUAACGCUUUUAAUCCUUAACAGGUAUGAUGAAUACCACUUACAACUGAACAUUGGAAAGGCUAGAAUCUUACAUUUCAACACCUGGGAGCCACUCUCUGGUGGUUGGCAGCAGAUCUGAUGACAGCAUGCUACAAGUUGCUCAUACAGAGAACUGUUUUGACCGACUAUUACAGCUUGCCUCUGAUGCACAGGUGCCAAAGGCAGCAUGUAUGAGCACCUUCUGGCCAACUGCCGGCUGCUAUGCCACCAGGAUUGAGGCAAGGAUGAUUUGAAGUCUGCUCAGUUGAAAUAAGAAAUAAUAUAUUCCCCAUGUGUAUCAGUCAUGAUCCAAGACUGACGGACAACCAUCAAACACCACCCACAUUGACCUAGCCAUUGGCAAAUGCAAGUUCAGUUGUCCCUCUAGUACUUGCCAAAAUGGACUAGUGAAUAAAACUAUUUAAAAAUAUCCAUAGUUCAUUAUGUCUAACACUGCUUGCAUAACCAUUUAUUUUUGGAAUAAAUUUGUAUAUCUUUAUGGAGCAAUAUCCUGCAAUCAGGAUUACCCAAACAUUACCCAAACUCUGAAUAACUCUGCAAGUACAAAGUUAAAUAUUUCAACAAAUUCCGCAUGAAUUAGGCGUAUUAAACAACUUUUGGUUAGAUGGUUCAGGUAAGUUAUAAAUCAGCAAACUUGCAGUUAAAAUGCUUGAAACUGAGGGUUGCUGCAGAUGUAAGGUCCAGAAUUCACAUGACAAUAAAGAACUUUGCAGAGUACAUAAUUAAAAUUAAGGAAUUCGCUUCCAGAAGGUGUAGUGACGGCCGCCAACUUGGAUAGCUUUAAAAGAGAAUCAAAUUCAUAGAGGAUAAGGCUGUGUUCUACCUCCCUUCUCGAAGGCAGCAUGCCUCUGAAUGCCACUUGCUGGGAGGGCGGGGAGAGCGCUGUUGCUCUCAGGUCUCCUACUUGGGGGGCUUCCCACAGGCAUCUAGUCGGCCACUGUGAGAACAGGAUGCUGGACUAGAUUGGCCACUGGCCUGAUCCAGCAGGGCUCUUAAGAUGUUCUUAUCAGAGUCUACUGGUAGAUCUCUGUGAUUUUCAGUAGGUUCUCUGGCAAGGUACUCUUACUUCCAAUGGCUUUACAGCAUGGGUAGGCAAACUAAGGCCCGGGGGCCAGAUCUGGCCCAAUCGCAUUCUCAAUCCGGCCCGCGGAUAGUCUGGGAAUCAGCAUGUUUUCACAUGAGUAGAAUGUGUGCUUUUAUUUAAAAUGCAUCUCUGGAUUAUUUGUGGGGCAGAGUAAUUCAUUCAUUUUUUUCCCUUCCAAAAUAUUGUCCGGCCCCCCACAAGGUCUGAGGGACGGUGGACUUGGCCCCCUGCUGAAAAAGUUUGCUGACCCCUGCUUUACAGCAACAACUAAAAUGCUCCACCCCCCACCCCCCAAAUGAAGCUGCUGAAUCAGAAUUAUGUCUGGCGAGCUGGAGAAACCAGGAGUAGAUUUGUCUGUGAACAAACUUGUGAGCUUUGUUCUGGUACUGAACACCAAUUCCUGAGUUGAGCAUGUGCUCAGAGGCAAUGUGUUCAAUACUUUUUAGUGUACAUAUGUUUGCUUGUCUCACUAUUGCAUCUGGCUGUAGCUGGUGAACCUUGUAAACAAAAAAUGAAACAAAAAGCAAACAAACAGAUUAUGCACGCCUGAAUCCUGCUCUGCCUCUCUGGAAUACAUCAGCUUUUUGUGAGGAUGUCUGAAAAUUUGCCUUGAUGACUACGUGGGAUGGGGCCUCCUUUUCUGCCAUUUCCCCAACUGGUCGGAAUGCUGACAGGUUUAGAAAUCAUCCAAUCAAAAGGAGGGCAAGAUAUUUCUUUAUUAGCAGUUAUACUGCUAUUCUACUUUAAUAGUCGAAGGUUCCAUUUCCUCCUUGUAUUUCAUUUGGAAGCAGGCAAGCAUAAUUUCUCCUGGCCGAGAGCCAUCUAAAACAAUCCUGAAUAGAUUGCAGUGUUUUUUUGUUUGUAAAGCAAACAAAUUCAGAGUAUCAGGUUCUAUAGCUAAGUAACCAAGUAAACUAUACUACUGUGUAGAAGCUAAUGGGAAACCUGACUCUCUUUUUUUAUACUUGGCUUUAAUUCUUAACUCUGAAAAUAAAAAUCUUUGAGGCAGAACGGAUCCUGUGCCAGUUGGCUAGUUGGGUGUACAGAUCGCUGUUACUACUGUUGUUUUUUAAUCUUGCGAUUUCUGAAAAUAUUAUUUUGAAAUUUGGACAUAGCUGGUGGGACUCGAAUUGAGCAAAGUCCAGGUUUUAGUGACAAAUAGUGGAUUUGAAAGACUGAAAUCUACAUUUAAAGUUCCAGAGCUCCCCUAUAAUUUAUCAGCAUUUGUAUAAUACUUGCACCAGAAAACAUUCUAGGCUCUUGACAUUUGUUAUCUCAGUAAAGCAGGCCACUGUUUUCACCCCUUUAUUUUAGAUGUGUAACUGAGACUGACUGAAGAGUGGCAGCCCUUAGGUCAAAUAGUGAGUUGUUGGCUGGGCUGGGCUGGGUUUUUCUGGGUCACUUUGAUUUUCCUUAUAACAAAAGCUUAAAGCUAGAAGUUCAAAUUUGUGCUGAAGUUGGAAUUUCAAAGUUUUUAAUCAAGAUUUUCUUACAAUUCUUGGUACAGCCCUUCAUAGCAGGUGUAAUUCCAAAUGCAAGUUGUUUUUAACAUUAAUUACAUAUCCUUUAAAGUCAAUGGGAUGUAUGCUGCAGGAUGGCACAUUUUGAGAAGUAUUAGUACUUAUUGAAGUGUUUUCCAGAGCAAUCUUACUCAGGGGCCAUUGGAUUUUGUGGAUCUCCCUCUCUGUGGAUGGAGGAAGAGGUCUGCCCUCGAAGGUCUCCUCCUGGCCACUGUAGGAAGGUCCAUUGUCAAUGAUAGAGCAGAGAUGGGAAAAGAGGGUGUUCUGAGAGAGUGUUUGGAGUACAUCAGGGUGCAACAGGCUUUAUUACAGAUUGCUUAAUCCAGAACACUUUUGUUUCUGCCUUCUCCCCCAGUGUGUGGCCCCUGCCAGGGAAUGCAGCCCUCAACAGGAAAAUGGUUGUCCACCCCUCUAUAGGGUAAUGACACUCCCUCUCACCCGUCCUGGCUGGCGUUCCGCAUGUAGUGAGAGUCUGCACUAGAUAGAAUCCCAGCAUGCUUUGCAGUGUGCAUGUGUGUGCGUGUGUAUGUAUAUUUGUCAGCUGAGAAAUAAAGAGUUCUCCAAGAGUGAUAAAUUUCUGAAAGCCAUCAAUUUUAAGAUCACAGACUGGUGGAAAAAGAAAACAAAACGAUGAAAGUGUACCAAUUAUGUCUCUUCCUUUUCUCAUAAUUAUGAGGUUGUCUUCUUCCACAAAUGAUCUGGAAUCUUCUUCUUUUCUUUCCACAGGCCAUGGCAACCAUAAAGAAAGCAGUCCUUUCCUCAACAAUUCUGAUCCAGGCAAAGGAGGAGAUUAUUAUGACAGAAACUUGGCUUUGUUUGAGGUAAAAUAAUAAUAAUAAUUUUAAAUCAGCCUUGACUUUUUGUUCAUUCUUCAGCUUCUUAGGGGUCCCUAAACCAUGUUACUCAAAAAUGUGGGAAGCUGAUUCUGACCCCAUCUGCACUAUACAUUUAAAGCAGUAUUAUACUACUUUAAACAGUCAUUGCUGGGAAUCCUGGGAGCUGUAGUUUGUUGUGGGUGCUGAGAGUUGUUAAGAGACCCCUAUUACCCUCAGACAGCUACAAUUCCCAGAGUCCACUGGGAAGCUGGAUUGACUGGAUUGACUGGAAAUUGUAGCUCUGUGAGGGGAAUAGGGGUCUCCAAACAACACUCAGCACUCGCAACAAACUUCAGUAGGAAUAAACAACUACAAUUUCCAGGUUUCUUGACUGCUCUCCUCUGUACACCAAUUCCUGGAAUUCCAAAUAGGAAGAGCGCUGAUGCACUGAGGUCCUGCUUGUCAGCUUCCCUUGCACAUCUGGUUGGCCACAGUGAGAAUGGGAUGCUGGAUUAGGUGGGCCUUUGACCUGAUUUAGCAGGGCUCAUUUUAUGCCCAGGUGUUGCUGGAUGCCAGCUGCUAUAAGCCCCAGCCAAGGAAGGGACAGCUUUCAGGGGAGAGGUGGCAGGUGGAUGGAUGUGCUUAACCCCCCUUGCCCCAUCAAGGAUAAAAUGUGUUGAGCCACUUCCUCAAGUCUCUUUUCCCUGUGUAUCUAAGUAGGUGGCUGUUGUGAAAGCCCACAAUGACCUUGGGGAAUUGUUUCACCCUUGUUGCCAACUCUUCCUUCCCUUGCUUUAGCAGAGCCAGUGGAGCAAUCUUUCUUGACAAAGAGCAUAGGAACUACAGUCCUCUCAUUAUCCCUGCAGCACUUGUUUCCACAUUAUCUAGGUUGUCUCAGUCCCCAAUGUGCCUUUGGUUUCUCUGAAUGCCUCUUCCCUAUUAUGUAGGCCCAUCACUGACUGCCCUGGCCCACUGUGGCAGUUUUAGGUGUGGUGGUUCCUCAUCUGGAGCAAUCCCAGAAAACCAUGUCCUGUCCAUGUCCAAAAUUUUAUUUAUCCAGACUACCCAUUUCCUAUCAUGCUCUUGGAGAAAAUCGUGGGCAAUCAAGUAGCUAAAGCAGCCUUUGCUAGAUGUUUAGAACUACCAACUCCAUCAGCUUCAGCCAACGUGGCUUUGCUGGCUGGGGCUGAUGGGAACCGUAGUCCAAAAUAAUUGUAGGCACUAGGCUGUGCUAAAGAAGGCAUUUUAAAAUUCAUGCAAAAGAGCACAUAAACGAGUGCAAAGUUGACCUUUUCUGAUCUGCAUUUUCACAGCUUGAGUAAACUAGAGUCUUGCAAAGAAAUCCAGCAGUUACUAGUCCACAGAAAUUUUUAUUAGGCAUUUCCAAUUUUCCCCAGCCAAGUUGCUGUUGACAGGUCUGGAAUGCCUCCUUUUAAAAUGCAGCCUCAAAAAGAAGACAAGUCCUAACCCUGCAAUGUCUUGUUGGCAUUAGUCUUUUCAACCCAGAACCUUCAGUAUUGCAUCACAGAGGAGAAUCCUUUGCCUGUGUUAGGUUUGAAUAAGAGAAUGCAGUGACCUUUCUGCCAAGGGAUGUGUGGUCAUGUCUCAAAAUGAGUCCUGGGGAAAUGGCUCUUCACAGGUUUGUGCCUUUGCUCUUGAUAUCCCAUUAGUGGGGCAAUUAUUGGUGUGAGAGAGAACACAAUAGAAAGUUUCAAUUGACUUCUUUUUCUCUGAUAUUGUUAAUGCCGGCAAGCAUUCAUGUUUCAGUAGUAGAUGGCAUGCUUUGUUUGCCCAUGUUACCAAGUUUAAUCCCCAGCACCUCCAGCAUUAAAAGAGGCAGACUUGAAUUCUUGUAAAGCUGUUGUCAGUCAGAGCAGUCAGAACUGGGCUAUUUGGACAACAUGGCCGCCUAUGGAACUGGUUCCUUUGUGUUCAUUUGGUACAAUGAAUAAAAGAAAGAACUAAUUUAAUUAAAAGCUCUUUGGCAAAACGCUCUAAUGUAACUGAAACACCCCAGCAAAAAGAUCUUAAUUUAAUUAAAACUCCUUUAGCAUUUUUUUUAUAAUUACAAAAAAAAUUAGUUUCACUUGUUGUUUGCAGGCAUCUGCCGGCCUUCGAUGUUGGAAGUAUUUGCAAGUGAAUUGGGAAAAUGUAAAACUAUUAAUCACACAAGGGUUUGUUUGUUUACUUGAUUGAAUUAAAAAAAAUGCAUUGUGGCAUAACAGGUGUAGUCUUAGGUAGGGAUACCUCUUCUAUACAAGACAAAACAGCAAAUCUAUUUUUAAAGUGGGGCUUUCAAUCUGCAGUUCUGGUAUUUGUAUUAAAGAUGAUGAUUUUGGGGGAAACUAUCCAAUUGAGCUGACUAAAACUCCCCCCCCUCCCGAUUUUAACUUUUGUUUUUUAGGCUGCAAAUCUAUGGACACUUGCCUAGAUGUGAGUCUCACUGAGACUUACUUCUGAGCUGGCAUAUGCAGUAUUGCACUGUAAACUGAUUAGUAUGUUAAACAUCGCAGCCCUAAUUGAAACAGUUCCAUUAGCUGGAGUUGGGGGCAUUUACGGAAAGAGACGAAGCAUAUGGAUGCAGGGCAGAAAUGUUGCCAGAUGGCUGCUCUACCUUCUGGGUACUGACUUUACUACAAAAGUGGAGAGCAGUUUUCUGCCUUUCUCUAUAGAACCAUGCCUCAGUCUCCUGCCAGGCCUUUUAAAAAAAUUAAAAAAUAGAUGUUAGCAAGCAGCUGCUUCAUCAGGUUUCAAGUGAGCUCCUCCAUUUUGUACAAAGCAUUUCCAUGGAGAUGGCCCUUCAGGUCUCCUGAGGUUGCCUCAGCAGGCCUCUCCUCAGUUCAUUAGCUCCUUCAGAAGCUUCCCAUUUGCUGUGAGGAAUGUUCUACUUGGCUCCAGCAGUCGGCCCUUUUGUUUUUGUUUUGGGUGUGUUGCAUUGUAUUUUUUAAAAAAACAUCUUUGUGGUAACUGUUGGGAAAGGUUGGCCGACUUGCUUGCUUUUUCAGCAAAUGUCAGUUUGCCUCUUGAAAGCAAACUCUCCAGCAAACUUCUUUUGCUGAGCUACGCCUUUGGUGUCCAUUUAGCAGAUCCCCUCAGCCAACACCCGGACCCUCUGCAAAUCCCAUUUGUGGCAUCAAAGACUGACAGGCAAGAUGCCAGUACUGCGAUGAUGUGCCUGAGAGAAUUAUGUUGUAAAAGUUCUAAAAGUAGGCCCAUAUUUUUGUUUAUUUAAACGCAUUUAUAAACCUCUUAAAGUCUCAAAGUGCUGUAUGACAUAAAAAUUAACAAUAUCAUUAGAACAAAAAUACAACUGAAAACCAGUAAAACAGUAAUAUAAAAGCAUAUCGAAGUGUAAAAAAACAGAAAUUCAAACAAAUAAUAUUUUAAGGUAAGGGGUAAAUAAAGGAGCAGGAAAUCAUUGCACAACAGCCAGAGCAUAAACUUCAUGUAACCAAAUAGGUUAUCAGUUGUUUAAUUGUAUUGAAACAACUAAAAGUUUUGUGGCCCCUUAAAGACUAACAUGUUUUAUUAUGACAUAGAAACAGUUUCUUUUUGUUUUCUUUUUUCCUGCAAUAGAUUAACACAGGUAUGCCUCUGGAAAUUGUUCAUUACAUUUAUUCUUAACAUGACAUGUUUUAUUUUAUCAAACUUAAACUGGAGGCCCAGUGCUUAUCAGCUUUCCCAGUGUCUUUUGGAAGAUGGUAAGGCCAGGAGCAUGCUUAUUACUUUGCAAGCAGCUGAGUAGAAUCCUGAAAGCAGGUUUUUCCUUACAGCUACAGAAGUGUGUGUGUGUGUGUGUGUGUGUGUGUGUGUGUAUGACUAGAUAAGUCAUUUAUUUUUAUUUGUAAUGUCAGCAGAAAGUUCCAGAAGCAGGGCUUGGAAGGUUGCUGAGGGACUAGGCCUUCCUUGUCCCAUGGGCCUCUUACAGUCACUGGUGUAUGAUAUAGUUGCUUAGCAACAGCAAUAUACUUUUACCCAUAUUCUUCCAAGCUGGGCAUAUAUACGUGUGUGUGGUCUGCCAUAUAUAUACCCAUAUUCUUUCAGACCACAUCAGGGAGUUUACCUGCAGGCUGAACUGGUGAGGGGAAACAAAGGCAGAAAUGGGUAGAUCUUUAUUCAAAUCUUUGCUUGGCUUCAAAUUUGAUAAGUUACACUGUGGAGCCUGCUGUCAUUCUCCACCCAGACAACAUUAUUUUAUUGGUUCUUUGUUUGAUCAUUUUAUCAGCUGUAAGUAUCUGCCAGAUGUAGCACUAAAAGCAGCUUACAAUAAUAAAUCACCAAAAACAUUAAGGGUCAAUAACCCUAAAAUAGCAUAGUCAACUCAGAAGAACUUUGAAUUGCCACUGAAUUUCAGAGGAGAGCUAUGUUGGUCUGCUGCAGAAAGUUUUAUGACACCUUCUUAAAAACUUAACACAUUUAUUGUGGCCUGCGCCACAAUUAUACUUUGUGUAAUUCUGUAUGGAAAAAUGCAAGAACAGUCAGUCAGCGCAAGUCAGAACCACCUGUAAGGAAUGCUUUCUGUGUGAAAGGUCUUUAGCUGGUAGAGGGGGGUGGCUUGCUGGUUUAAAUUCAUUCAUUCAUUAUUUAAUAAAAUUUAUAUGCUGCUUGAUUUCAAGAAAAAAAUACAACUCUGCUUAAAACAUACAAAAAUAAAAAUACUAGAACAGAUUGAAUUACCUCAACUUUUGAAGCACCUGAGUAGGCUUGUCUAAACAUAAAUGUUUUUAGCAGGCAUCGAAAAGCGUGCAGUGAUGCUGCCUGCUUGAUCUCAAUAGGCAGGGAGUUCGAAAGUGUAGGCACUGCCAUGCUAAACAAUUGAGGAACGCUACACAAAUGUGGAGUGGGCAUUAUGUGGUACCUGUUGUUGUUGUUUAGUCAUUUAGUCGUGUCCGACUCUUCGUGACCCCAUGGACCAGAGCACACCAGGCACUUCUGUCUUCCACUGCCUCCCGCAGUUUGGUCAAACUCAUGUUGGUAGCUUCGAGAACACUGUCCAACCAUCUCGUCCUCUGUCGUCCCCUUCUCCUUGUGCUCUCAAUCUUUCCCAACAUCAGGGUCUUUUCCAGGGAGUCUUCUCUUUUCAUGGUACCUGUAGUAGUGCCAAUUCUGCCAACCGAGGUGGUUGGCAGGAAACGUGUAGGAUAACAAGCUCUGAGACUUCAUCAAUCUGCAGGCGGCAUGUUGGAGAGAGGUGCCCCCCGUUAUAUGGAAACAAUCCCAUUGGUCUACUUCAAAGGCUGUUGUAACAAUUUCUGAGGUCAUAUAAAUAUAGUGCCUUGAGCACGGAAAGCACUAUGUAAAUGCUAAGUAUUUACUGUCAUUACUAAACCUCACCAUCUUGUGUUUCCUUUGCAGGAGGAAUUGGAUAUUCGGCCAAAGGUCUCUUCCCUGCUUGGCAAGCUGGUCAGCUACACAAAUCUCACUCAAGGAGCAAAGGAACAUGAGGAAGCAGAAAGCACAGAAGGGUCAAGAAAGAAAAUAUCAAAAGUAUGUAGGGUUUUCCCCUCAAUUAAAACAACUACAACUACUGCUUAAAGUAGUAUCCUCCUCCUCCUCCUCCUCCUCCUCCUCCUCCUCCUCCUCAUUUAUUCAAUUUAUACCCCACCCUUCCUCCCAAAGAAGCCCAACAUCAAUAUCAUUUAAAAAAAAAAUUCUAGAAACAGUUGAAAACAUUCUAAAACAAUUUAAAACCAUCAUAUUUCUCUGCUGGUAAUUUCAGGGUUGCCAGGUUCUGGCAUAAAAUGUCUGAGUAAACAGAAAUAUUUUUAAAUUCCUCGUGAAAUUCAGUGAGGGUGACAGAUGAAUUGCAACUGAGAAGCCCUGUCACACACGUCAAUGCCAGCUGGGUGGUGCCCCAGUGACAGUACCACCACCAAGGUUUCACCUGGCAAUUGCAGGGUCUGAGGUGAUUGACAUUGGGGAAGGUGCUCUUUUAGGUACCUGGGUCACUAGCCAUUUAGGGCUUGGUACUAAUACAUUUCAAUUGGGCACAGUUCUUUGUUUUUGCUGUUUGUAGCAUGAUGUAGUAGCAUUUUGCAAUGUUGAAAUCCACACUAGUCAUCAGUUAAGACCUCUUUAGUCACCCCCCUCCCGUGGGUUCUGUGCAGCCCAUUUAUGGGUCACACUUUUGUAGAUGCUUAUUAAUUCAGAUGUCUGGGCUUAAGCUUAACCUCUAUAUCCAUCAUGGAAUAACGAUUCCCUUCUAUGUUCAAGCCACAAAAGCUCAAUAUGUUUUAAUUUCAAAGCAGAGGGCAUUGAUUCUGUUGUGAUUCAGAACUAUAGCAGCUAUUUCUGUUAUACAGAGAAAUCAAUGGAGGUUUUAGUCAAUUUUGUCCCCUGGAGUUUGUUUGAGAGGCUAUUAAUUGUGAAUAAUUCUCCACAUUUGUGAACAACAGGCUUCCCUGACCCUAAGGGUCAGCAAGCAGAGUCUCCUUCCUAUGCCUGUCCCUUCCGCCUGACAAGGCAAAUAACAACACACACACACACACACACACACACACACACACACACACGGCACCUUGUUUCCCAUUCUAGAGGCAAAAGAGAUGUGGAGAAAGUGGUAGUUUGAGUGGUUUGGGAUUGCUGGCCCUUCAGAAGUGGUAGUUGCCUUUCUACAAGCCUAUGCAAGGUGGCUAACAACAUUAAUUAAAACACUAAAAAUACAGACUUCAUUCUAAAAUAAAAACAGCUAUAAUCCCAGCAGCACCUUAAAACUUUCCUACUCUUCUCUCUCUGAAUGCUCAAGUUCUUAAAAUGAUUUUAACUUGGUGCUGAGAUGGAGGGAAGGUGGCUGCCCAGUAGCAUUUCUAGGAGGUAAACAUUUCUCAGAAGAGAAUGCCAAAGCCUGGGGGCACCACCACUGACAAGGCCCUGUUUUAGGGUUGACACAUAUCUAACCUCUAAAGGUAGCAGGACUCUCAUUGAAGUCCUUGGCCAGCAGGCAGGGUUGGAAGGGAAAGACAGUCUUUUGACGGCUAGAAGCUGUGCUGCAGUUUAGACCCUAGACACAAGUUCUAUUGUGUGUUUAGUGUUUGUAAGACAUAGCAGGAUCCUUUUGGCCAAAACCCAGAAUGAACAACUUCGAUUAUUAUACUUAUGUUCAGUAAUCAAAUUCAAGUAAAUUCAGGUUGUUUCAUAUACAGUAGACCCACAACUUACACGGAGGGGUCAAGUACCUGAGCCACCCACUGCACUUUCCUACAAGAGAGAAGCUAUUUGCAACUGUUCAGAACAGAACAGAACAGGGAGAUUGUCCAAUUCUGGCACCCAGUGAAAUGCAAGGAUCUCUGAGGUGGCACAUUUUAUGUAGGAAAGUCAUGUUUAAUAUCAGAAAGGCUGAGCCAGUGCAAACAGGGAAUGGGCAGAAAGAGCAAUCCUCGUGUUUUUUUGGGAUAGAUGCUUAUUAAGACCUUUUUAGGCACCAUAGGAAGUACUUCCAGCCACACUAAUGCUCACAGAUGCCAAAUUGACAUCCCUGGAUCAAUGCCAGUAACCAGUACAUGCAAUACUACUGAGUUACUCACUGUGGAAUGAGGCUUGAUUUACAUACUUUGUGUCUUUUUCAGUCACCCAGCAUGGGCACCUUGAUGGGUGUUUACCUGCCGUGUAUGCAGAAUAUAUUUGGGGUCAUUCUCUUCCUGCGAUUGACAUGGAUGGUGGGAACGGCUGGUGUUCUGCAGUCCUUCCUGAUUGUCUUAAUCUGCUGCUGCUGUGUGAGUACAUGACUCUGUUGCAAAGCUCUUCUCUUCAAGAUGCCUUCCUGCCUGCCUCCUUUUGCAUAAUAAGACUCCUUGCCCAAUCAUGUAAUAUCCGUAUUAUUUCCUAAAAGAUAGAAAACAGUGGGUGUUUAGUUGGGGGAAUGUCUGCUCACUUACCUUGCUUGGGUGCCUCAGUGCCUCAACCAACUUGGCUAUUUAUUUUGCCUGUGUGUCUCUCUUGUGUGACCCCUUUCCUUUUUGUCUUUCCCACUGUCUAAAUUGCCAGCUCUGUGGAAGAGACUUGUCUUGCAGGGCACUAUAGUUCACUGAGAGCACUAUAAAUCUAAUACUUUGGCUACAGAACACAGAAAGGAGAACGAUAAUGACAAAAGUCUAGCACACUCUUGUCCACUACAAAAGCCUUGGAAAAAUUAAUAAAAACCCUGUAAAAGUUUGUGCAUUAUCUCCACUUUGUAAUAGUGGCCAGGCAGCUGAAAGGCAACAAACCAAACCAGUGUGGAGUAGGGGUUAGAGUGCUGGACUAGGAUUUGGGAGACCACAGUUCAAAUCCUCACACAGCCAUGAAGGUGACCUUGGGCCAGUCACUAUCUCUCGGUCUAACCUACCUCACAAGUUUGUUGUGAGAAUAAAAUUAGGAGAUGGGGAGAAAGGUGUGUGCUACCUUGAACUUCUUGGAGAAAAGGUGGGAUAUAAAUGUAAUAAUAAAUAAAGUAAAUAAGUCCUCUUCACACAUUAUUCACAUGAAGAGGGAAAGUGAGUUGGGGGGGGGCUUUGGGAAUUCACCAAAACGUGUUGUGUUUUCAGACUUGGUGGUUUCUACCUUCAUAGUACAGCCUGUUGUGCUCUCAACCAGUUUGGUUAGUGAUCAGGGAUGAUGGGAGUUGUAGUUCAAAAUAUCUGAAGAGCAACAGGUGGAGGAAGGGUAGCAUAGUGGAGCAGCUGUAGUCUUCUUUGCAAAGGUUACUUGUAAACAUCCAUUUUCCCCCUAUUCACAGACUAUGCUGACAGCCAUAUCGAUGAGUGCUAUUGCAACAAAUGGUGUCGUUCCAGGUACUGUGUAACUUAACCAUUGAAGAUUCUGUUUUAAACCACUUGGAAUCCGUGUACCAAGUAGAUGAGUACAGGAAGCAUGUAUCCUUUCAAGCUUAAUAGAUCAGCUUCUCUUGUACAUGGAUCCUGAAUGUAAUCUAUAAGGUUUGACCUCUGUUCAUUGCACUAGUUUGCAUGGAAUUCGCACUUAAGCCAAAAUGAAUGAGUAUGCCUACCACUCUCUGUCAUGACAUUCAGCAAAAUGGAAAAUUGGCUAUGGUGAUAUCUUUUGCCUGGUUAUGUUGUGAGCGAAAGGAAAUGCAAGCUGUUAGGUUUGGCAUGGUUUGGAUGGCUGAAUUCUCUUUUUCCUCCUUUCCUUUUUAACUGAAUGAACUUGGUGCUAAUAGAUUUAAACACUUUGCUGUACUGAGAAUGCUGUUCUGCACUGGGGACAUGUGUGUAUAUGCAUGUGUGCACACAAUCCCAAUGGUGACCGGUUGCUUCUAGAAUCCCAUGGGCCUGUUUUCAUUUUUAUGGAAAAGAUCAUUUCCCUUGUGGUUAUGAAAGCAAUAUUUCAAAUGAGAAGGCACAGCAGUUUGAGAGCUUCUUUUUUUUUAACCGACUAUGAGUUUGCACACUAACCUAUAUUUUCUUUCCACUUCUUACACCAACUGGGGACCCAAGUUUGAGAAACACUUGCUUAUGUCAUAAUAAAUUUGUUAGUAUUUCAGGUGCAAAAUUUCCUGUUUGGGAAACGAAAGAGCAAAACUUAUUUGAGCCAAGUUCUGAAACAUUCUGUAUUCACUGAGUUCAUUUAACAGCAGAGCUAUUGUUAGUUACGAAAAUGAUGCCUGUUUUCAAUAAGCAUAGAAAAAAAUUGUACCUAAUUUACGUAAAGCAACUUUUUCUUCUGAUUCUUCUUUUUGGACAUCUAGCUUACAAUUGUUCUUUGUGUAAUCCUACACAAAACAUUUCUCUCUCUUUAACUUUAUAGCUGGUGGUUCAUACUUCAUGAUCUCAAGAUCAUUGGGACCUGAAUUUGGUGGCGCAGUGGGACUGUGCUUUUACUUGGGGACGACAUUCGCAGGCGCUAUGUACAUCCUUGGUGCCAUUGAAAUUUUGCUAGUAAGUAGUGACAAAUACAUUUCAGGGAAAGAUGAAAAAAUGUUAGAAUUACAGGCAUAUCUCAUCUUACACAAAGGUUCAGUUCCAGGAGUUCACAUGAAGACACAAAAAUGCGUAAAGUCAAGACCCUCCAGAACUGCCCCCCCCCCAUGCAGGGAUUCUUACGCAGCUUUGAGAAGGAGUCACAAGGGCUCUAGCAGAGUCCCAGAGCCCUCCUGCCUCCUUAGCAAAGCCCAGUGCCUUGCUUGCCUUGCUCACAGUUCCAGAGAGCUUAAAAUAAUACCUUAAGGGUAUUUCAUCUACUUAUUUAUUAAAUGUAUAUCCUGCUUUCUGAGAAAUUAUAUUCACAAUACAGAUUUCACAUCAUCUAAAAUUGUUUUGCUACGUUACGAUAUAAAAAAUAAAGGAUGAAAACAGAAGCAAAAACAAUUCCAUAAAUUAAAGUAGUAAAGCAGCAUUAAAAUCCACGGAGACACCCCCCACAGCACAAAAUCUGCAAGAGAGAUUACUCUCUGAAAGUCACUGAGCAGAGUCACUUAAGCCUUCAGAACUUCCUUAAACUUCAGAAGGCACCACUGUGACAACUUAUUACAUGCUGGAAUCUUGAAAAAUUGAUUAAAAAAUUUUUGGUUCAUCUUUGUUUAUGAUCAUUGGCUACGCAAGACAUAAAUUUGGUUUAGCUUGGAUAUAUAUGUGUUUUGCCAGGGAUGUCCUGUUGAACCUAAGGACAUCAUAAAUUGCUUUCUUUUUGUUGUAGACACUGUGUUCUAACUGUUUCAGACAUACAUUGCUCCUCAAGCGGCCAUUUUCCAUCCAACUGGGGCCCAUGACACUUCCAACGCCACGCUGAAUAACAUGCGAGUGUAUGGGACCUUGUUCCUCACGUUCAUGGCUGUGGUGGUCUUUGUAGGCGUGAAAUAUGUCAACAAAUUUGCAUCUCUGUUUUUGGCUUGUGUCAUAAUAUCCAUCUUGUCCAUCUAUGCUGGAGCAAUCAAAUCCAUCUUUGAGCCACCCGUUUUUCCGUAAGUAAAUGCCAACAAUUGAAACAGAGUUGUUUGAAAUCUCCUUACAAUAGUGCUAUCAAUGAAAAGAAAAAAAAUCCUAGCUGUUGGGUUGGAAGAUGGAGCUUUCCCCCCCUAAGCCCAUACAGCUGGGAAAAGAGGGGAACCUGCAUAAAUUUAUUUUUAUCAAAUGAAAUACUGCCCCUUCCAAUCCAGUCCACACACCUGAAAAAUAAGGAUGAAAAUACAAAUGUUGGCCCUCAAUGGAGAGAAAAGUUUUCCCACAUCUAGAUUAACUUUAAGGGAGGGAGAAAUGCAAGUUUAGGGAAGGAACAUAGGGAAGAGCAAGAGAUAAUGAGCAUUUAAGAGAAAAGAAGACCUUCAGUGCCUUUUUAGAGCAAAGGAAAAGUGCAGAAAAGGGUCCUCCAAAUGUUUAGGUUGCAUUUUUCUCUGCAUGGAAAGACUAAAAUGCUUGAGGGUAGUUUUCUGUAGUAUAGAAGAAAAAAAGAUGACAGAGAAAAGAAAUGGUAGUGUUUUGUAGAAUUAAUGUGCAUUCCUAAUACUUGCACUAAUCAGCACAAGAUUAAUCAGUCAAUCACCUACCUGCUUCAUAUAACACAAACGGAAUUUAUGGAAUUUGGUGUCAUAAAGUAUGCUGAUGACCACUAGCUUAGAUGAGUUUAAAGAAGAUUAGGCAGAGUCAUGGAGAAUAAGGCUACAAAUCAUAAUAGCUUUGUCAAAACUUAAGGUUCAGAGGUCACCAAAUACUAGUUCCUGGGGAGCAACAGCCAGAAAGGGCUGGCUCCUUCAUGGCCUCCUCUUGGGCUUCCUGGGAGCAUCUGAUCGGUGACUGGGAAGCAGGAUGCUUGAGGAGGUGGUGGACUUUUGGUCUGAUCCAGCAAAGCUCUUGUUGUAUUCCUGCAUUUCAAAAGUGAUCUACUUUCUGCUGCUUUUUUAUGGACUUCAGGGGAGAGCUUUUCUUUUGUGGAUUUGCAAGAAAUCUAUGAAGCUUAUGUAUAACAAAUCUGCAAACCUUGUGUGUCUUCCCAGAGUUUGCAUGUUAGGCAACAGGACUCUUUCAAGGGACCAGUUUGAUGUUUGUGCCAAAACUACAGUCGCUGGCAACGUCACUGUGCCCUCCCAGUUGACGGAACUCUUCUGCCCAGGCUUCAAUAUAACCUCUGGAUUCUGUGAUGAGUAUUUCCAGUUCAACAACGUUACUGAGAUUGUAGGGAUUCCUGGAGCUGCUAGUGGCAUUUUGAAAGGUAGAGGCAAAGAUAUUACCGUGUGAUUCUCUACUAUUAUUGGAACAUGCCCAGUUCCAGUGCCAGGAUAUUAUGCACCCUUGGCAAGGCUAACUACUUGCACUCCCCCCGCCCCCGAUUCUAACCUAAGUUUUCCGAAAACAGAUGGUUUGUAGGAAAAAUGGAAAGCCCAAAACCUAAUUGCUAAAUUUAUUUUAAAUUGCAAUAAAAAGUUAUGCAACAAUCUUUGACAGUCUUUCUCAAAUGCAAAAGAAAAUGUUUUAGCACACAAAUCGUUUUGAAUAAUCUUGCGAAUUGUGAUGUUAAAAUGUAAGUCUCUUCAAAGUUUCCAAUCUAGGCACAUCAAAAUCUUUUCCUUUGCAAAAUUUGUCACCAAUCCUCCAGGUCAAGUGCUGAUGUUUGGGCUUGUUCAGUUGAUAUAGUUGCCAAGCCAACUAGCCUCUUCUGCAACAUUGUUGAGCAUAUGUGAGUUUUUAAUAAGUUUGAACUUUGAGAAACUGCGUUCAAAAUACAAAAUAAAAGUGAAAUAUUAUCAGAAACGUACAAGAUAUAACAAAGGAAUCAGUAUAAAACUGUACCAUUCAGAGGUCAGUCAUGCGCCCCUGUGAGAUCUGUGCCCUAGGCGACUGCCUAGUUGGCAUAAUGAUGGCACUGGCACUGGUUAUGGUCAAAGGCCUUGGUGAAACACAUGUUUUGUAUUCAGGAAGUCCCAGUGUCAAUCCCCUAGCAUUUAUAGGAAAGGAAAUAUCCUAUCUGAAAUCCUAGAGAGCCACUGCCAGUUAGUGUGACACUACACUGAGUUAGAUGGACUGGUGAUCUGAUUCUGCAUAAGGCUGCUUCCUUCCUUUCUAAUUAUUUCUGUUUCUCAAGCAGUGUGCAUUGUGCUUUACAAAGGCGCUUGUAACCUGAAAUUCAACACAGGGGAGACUAUGGAGGAAUGGGGAAGGGAGAGUAAAAAGGGGAAGAAUGUGUGUUUCCUUCAGUUAAACAUACUUAGGUUUCGUUAAAAUAGUACUAAAGGGUACGCCAGAAGUUACACUGAAAAUGUGGGCUUAAAAUAUGAGCUUAAAGUCAGUGAUGUGACACACCUGAAUGUUUGCAGCACACUGCUUUGUACUUAGGAUCAGGUACAGAAUAACCCUUCCUGAAAAUAUUCCUUCUUUUGGAUUUAAAAAAGAAAUUCAAGACACUAAAUUCUUAACUGCUUAGUGUGUAGAAAGAGUUCUGAAUGAGUUCUCCAUUGGUCAUAGUGUGGAGAUAUGGGGUCCUCCUGUGAAGCUCUUUGCUUUUCCUAGCUACAGAAGAAAAAACUAUAUGAUUUAUACAAGUUGUAGAACCUACUUGCUUUAGAUGCAGAACCUGGGUAAGCUUGUGCCUCCCCCAAGUCAGUGUUAAAUUAUGACACGGUGUAAUAUGUCAUGUGCUGUUGUUCAUCUGAGGUUGUAUUUACCUAAUUUUAAGACUUGCUAAGAACUGAUGAUUGUUAUUAUGUCUUAAUAUGUAAAACCACAGAAUUCAAAGAGGGUGGUGCACUCCCCCCCCCAAUGACUUUGUGUGUAUAUAUAUGAGAGAGAAAGAGGAAGAGAGUGCUACUCCUGAACAAUAGGGUACCUGAUACAAUAUUGGACUAACUAAAAAAUAAUCCUCUGGUAACAUUUUCCUUAUGCCUAACAAAGAAAGUGGGCAGAUGUUUCAUUCAGUAAGUUAUUUGUUCACUCUGUGCUCCUUUGCUCCCCCACCCCAGAUAACAUCUGGAGCAAUUACUUGGAGAAAGGUGAGAUUCUGGAGAAAGCUGGUCGCCCAUCUGUUGAUGUGGCUGGACAUAAGAACAACCUUCACCUUUACGUUUAUGCAGACAUAGCAACUUCCUUCACAGUGCUCGUUGGCAUCUUCUUCCCUUCAGUGACAGGUGAGAAUACGGAGACGGGCAGAUUUUUUAUACCUCUGGGCACUUUGGAACUCUGUGUGUGGGAGAAGUGCUUCUCAUUCCUACGUUCUUGCUUUUCUUUUAAGGGAUCAUGGCUGGCUCAAACCGAUCUGGAGACCUCAAAGAUGCCCAGAAGUCUAUUCCUGUUGGAACUAUCCUAGCUAUUAUAACUACGUCUCUAGUCUGUAUCCUAAAAAAAAAAAAAAAAAAAUUAAAAAAAAGAUUGUGGUGGUUCUAAUAAAUAAGCUGCCCCAUACUAGGUCAGACUGUUUGCCCAUUGUGAUUUUCCUGCAGUUUUUUUUGCAAGGGUCUGUCCUUAGGUUGUCCCUAAGUGUAGGCCCUCACAGAUACUCCACUGGGUCCACACUUCCCUUAGGUUCCUGCUGCCACCACCAACUGACUUGGAGGAAGCAGUAGGACUCUUCCUUUGUAUGCCUACUCAACCCCAGCUCUGCUUCACACUGGAGUGGUCUGCUUCCUAUUUAAGUAGCGAAUUGAGUAACAUUUUCUUAAAUAAUAGUUUCCAAUGUUUCAGGAUUCUACACUAAUACAUCUGCCUCUGGCCCUAGCUGUUAUCCUAACACUGCAUAUUUUGACAUCUAUUAUCCUAUGUUCCAACCUAACGCUUAUCUCCGUCUAAGUGUCAUUUUAGUAACUGGUCCCAUCUACAAGUCACUCCCCCCGCCCCUUUUUAGACCAGGGAUAGAGAACCUUUUUGGAUUGUCAGGUCAGAUCUUUAUCUCACCCAUCCACCCUGCAGGCCAAUUUUGACACUUGUCAAUCUUCUGCUGUUAUUUUGAUGCCAAGUGACUGAUAGGUGGGUGGUCCCACUUGCACAUUACAGUUGACUGGUUGGUGGGGGGUGCUUCGUCAGCAUGUUCCCUGAAGGACAUGCACUGGUGAAGUAGCAUCCAGCAGGAUUGAACCCUGCCCAUCACCAUGCCCAUCAGUUGAUGUCACCCAGUGACACGAACUGAUAAACAGGUAGAUGUAGAGUUGAGGAAAUGGAUUCACAGGCCUAAUUGGACAUCCUGGUGGGCUGAGAUUGACCUUCAGGCCAAAGGUUCCCCACCCUUGCCCUUAAACUUAUGAUUUACCUAUGCAGUGCAACAUUAUGCAGUUUGAGUGGCACUGGCCCAUGCUGGCUGGGGGUGAUGGGUAUGGGAGUCCAACAGCAUCUAGAGGGCCACAGGCUCCCUACCCCAACUCUAUAGGAAUAUGUAAGGAUUUUUAUGGCAAGUGUUAUAGUUAUAGGGAUGUGUUGCAUCUUAUUGACACUGUCAGAAAUCAGGCUGGUUUCUUUAAUGGAAUGUGCACCUUCAGAUUUCAGCUGUGUGCUGCUAUUUGGUGCUUGCAUUGAAGGUGUUGUUCUUAGAGAUAAGUAAGUAACCAUUAAAUUUCUGCUUUACUUUCAUGUGUAUAACGAUGUGGUCAAAAUCAUGGCUUUGCCUCUCAGUUUUGCUGUGUGGAAUUACCUUUCUCUUCAUCAUAUUGCCUGAUAUUUGUUCAUUCUGUAUCACAUUUACCAAUUUCAGCUGCUGAUGUGCAAGGCGCUCUCUCUCUCUCUCUCUCUCUCUCUCUCUCUGUGUGUGUGUGUGUGUGUGUGUGUUGAUUCUAUGCAAGCAAAACUGUAACCAAGGUUUGGCCUAUGCUUUAGAGUUCAUGGUUUGUCUGGAAGGGUUAAACCACAAGCCCCAUGCUAAGCCAAACCAUGGCUUAGUGCAGCACUGCAGCAAAAUCGUUGAGGAGUAGGAAAGUGGCUGUGAUCUCCUCUCCAGGAAAGAGAGAACUCUCCAUUUUAUUGUUUGUGGUAAGUCAUGGUUUGGCUUAGCAUUGUGUGUUAACGGGGACACUGUUGUGGGAAGGGAUUGCAUGGCAUCUGCAGUCAAAAAUAACAGACAUUUUGUAGCCAGCUACUUUUGCAUCUGAAAUUGCAUAUCCAGUUAGAGAUGUGAGCCACCAAGUCAAAGACCAUCUUUAUAUAUCAUUUUGUAUAUCCACACUGAUCAAAGUUUCCUGUGUACUUAAGAAUCAGGUAGGGGUGGGUGUGGGUGUGUUGAGGGCCAUAUGGUCCAACCCCCUGCUAGAUGCAGGACAUUCAAAGCUUGAGGGUCUCCAGCCGAUGGCUGUCCAACUUCUACUUAAAGACCUCUAGUAAGUAACAAUGCUGUUUGUAACCACUUCAUUAUGCCCUAAUAUUUAAAGCAUUAAAUUUAAAUUGUUUGCAUAAACAGUAACUCAUUUUAGGAAAUGCAUCUUGAAAUUUACUUGGAAAAAUACAUUUCACCAUUUAAUGAAAUCCAAGGCUUCUUUUCAUUCGACUCGUUCCCAUCUUUUCUGCAGAUAUGGUGAUGCCGUGAACAGGAACUUAGUGGUGGGCACCCUUGCGUGGCCCUCGCCGUGGGUCAUUGUGAUAGGCUCGUUUUUCUCUACUUGCGGAGCAGGUUUGCAGAGCCUCACUGGUGCCCCUCGGCUGCUUCAAGCAAUCGCCAAGGACAACAUCAUUCCUUUCUUAUGGGUUGGUACAUGUUGCACCAAGCAAGUUCCUGGAAAAGAGCCUUAUGAAUCUGGGAGCUUGGUGUGCUCCCUGAGGCAUAAAUAGGGUCCUAACAGGAAGCUGACUCUUUGAUUGAGAAGGCUAGAUUCCAUGUCUUUUAAGAAAGCAAGCUUUUACUCCUAAUUAAAAAUAAACCCAAGGAGGGAACUCUAGUGGUGUAGGGGUGAAGAACCCAGAGGGAAAAUACUACUACUAAUAAUAAAAUUAUUAGUGAGGGGGGAGCUUAUGAUGGUCAUAUAUACUGAGCAGUGGAAAACUGGUAGCUAUCAGAGAGCUGGCCUGUUUCAGGCGUUCACUUUUGUUGUUGGAAGCCACCCAGAGUGGCUGGGUAGAAAUAAAUUAUCAUCAUCAUCAUCAUCAUCAUCAUCAUCAUCUCUUGUACAUGUGAGGGCUCCCUACAGAUGUUCUACUAAAUGUUUUUUGGGUGGGAAAAGGCUGAGAUGCCUCCCCUUGGAGCUAUAAUGCACAUUUUGAUUCUUCACAAAUAAAUGCCUGGAAAGUACUACACUCUCUAUCCCCCCUGCCUCACUUCCAGCACAAGCUUUAGAUGCUUUCUAUAAACUGUUCAAAACUUAAAUGAGGCACUGCAAACUCAUUGUGUUCUGCAAUCUCUCUUUACAGGUGUUUGGCCACGGGAAGGCAAAUGGUGAGCCAACCUGGGCCCUUCUGCUCACAGCACUGAUCGCGGAACUCGGCAUUCUUAUUGCAUCCCUUGACAUGGUGGCCCCGAUUCUUUCUAUGUGAGUUUUACCCCCAGAAGUUUUACUGCCAUAAAAUAGGUUUUGUAUUAGCAGCACUUAAUAGAAGCAGACCAGCUGUAUUAAAGGUUUUUUUAAAACAAAAUUUAGUGGGGAUGAAUUUUGAAGGCAAGGAUCACAAAAGUCACUAAGACGUCCUGGUUCUUUGCUGUGGCUGCUGGUUGUAACUUUUUAAAUCCACUAAAAUGCCCCUUGGAAUGAUACUGUGUCAUAACUAGGGACAUUAUGGGGAAUUAAAGAUGGUAGCUGGUAGCUAGGAGGAGCCAAGAAGAAAUGCACCAGUGAUUUUGCACCCCGUAGCCAUGAACUAGCUGAAACUAGCUGAAAAUCUGCUGCACACUUUGAUUGCCUGUGAGUCUUGGUGAAGUAGGAGGUGCCAUUAUACUUCAGCUUUGCUUUCCACAUAGACUUGUCUGCCCAGGAAACCUUGCAUACCACAGGCAAUUCUGGAAAUUGUGCUAAAGUGCACAGUUGAUUUUGUGGAGACUGCUGACCAGGUCCAUUGAGCUAUAGGGUUGUGUAUGUACUAAGAGUGUACCUAAUAAGACAUGCUGGCUGUGCACUGCAGAGGAAGGUGGAUAGUAGCUUAUUUCAGAGAAAACAAGUUCCCAGGAACACAGUUUAUGUGCCUUUUUGGAAAACUAUUGCAGCAUGAAACAGGAUGGCAAUUGUAUGCUUCUCUGCUUUCAGCGGCCAGCUGUAGAAUGUAAGCCUCCAGCGCCACUUAGUGGUGGCUCCAGUUUGUCACAGUUAAACAAAAGGAUUGGGAGGUGUUCAGUUCAGGGGUAAAAUGCCACCAAGCCCAGCUGCCAUGGCAGUUUAUGAACCAAUGAGGCCAAAUCCAAGUUGACAGAGUCAAACCCUGAUGCUAAGUAGUUCAGGCCAGGAUUGAACAAUGUACAAAGGACAACAGGACCUGAAUUUUCAUCACUCAAAUGCUUCUUCCUAUUCUGGGUUAGGAAGCGACAACACUGAUAACCUUGUAGUCCAGGCCUGCACAGCUUAUGGUCUACAGUGCUGAACCAAACCCAUGUGCCAUGUAUGGUGGCUUGUCAGCUAACAGGCAGCCGCCUCUGCUGAUUUUUAGCACCAAGAAUACCAGGGCAAGUGGCUUGAUGUUUGGCUUGGUGGCUCACAUGUUGUACAGGCCUGACUCUAAUGGAUAUCAGCAUGUCACCAGGGAUAAGAAAGUUCCACACGACAUCCUUUGAACUCCCUCCAGGUGUAAUAAUAUAAAACAUUUUGAUAGCACUUUCUAAGUGUCUGUAGUGUUUUGCAUGUCUUGCAACAUAGGUCAGCAUCAUAGAUUCAGUAGAGGAGUAGAGGUGCAAAUGAGAGAACAGUAGCCUGCCCUAAGGGCCACCUGUAUAGAAGGAAUUCCUGGCUUACACUCCUGGCCAGUGCAACAAUACACAUGUGCCAAGGCCUGCAAAUUCCCUUGAACUCUAGGGCUUGACUAGAGCUGGUAGCUACCAUAUGUUGACUGGGCCAAGGCCUGGGUAAUUAGGAGGUUGAGAGAGAGAGAGCCUGUCUUUAAUAUAAAUUUGUAUUACUCUCUUCUCCCAGUGGGUUCAAUUCAGGAUUUUGGCUUUGGAACAUGUGUGAGGGGUUGUCUAAGGCCAUCCAUACCCAAGAAAGAAUUUGAACCUGGAUAUAUCCAAAUAGAAACCUCAAGACAUGCGUAUCCUACAGACUUACAACAGUACUGUAUCACUAAAGUUUCUCCCCAAAUAUUGGAAAUUUUAGAUUGGAGGGUUACUAUAAAAGCAAUUUAAAUUGGUUGUGUUAAUUUAAAACCCAUUUUCUCACACCGGUCUUCAUUAUGUUAGUUGUGAAUUUUGUGCUUUGUUCUCUGCAGUGGGCCCAGACCUAAAUGUGAUGUGCUUUUCUCUGUUUCCUCCCUCAACUAGGUUUUUCUUGAUGUGUUACUUGUUUGUCAACUUAGCCUGUGCGGUGCAAACACUCCUAAGAACUCCAAACUGGAGGCCCAGAUUUAAGUACUACCACUGGUAAGUUGAUAGAGAGAGAGCGUGUCUCACAAGCUUAUUCAUAUAGCCAUUUGAUCCCUCCUCAAUAAGGGUUAGGGCACUUGAGAGUGUGUGAAAAGCUAAAAGUGGAAAGCUAAGAGUUUUGGAAAUGCUUUUCAGCAGACCAUUUAUACAAAUGUGCCCUUUGCAUGAUGACAACGCAACAUCAGGUGAUGAUCUGCAUGUGUGAAUGAGCCAUCACUGAUAUAUAAAAUUACAGAUAAGAGUUCCCGUAUCACCUCCAACACAGUCCUGUUCGGUGGAAUCUGCACAUUCAGCCGCUGAUCACCAAGGGUAACAAAAUCAAGGAAUGCCCAUGCAUGUGUGAACCAGCUCUAAAUAUGUGCUAACAUUUGAUUUUUGUUUCCUUCAGGGCCUUGUCCUUUUUAGGCAUGAGUAUCUGCCUUGCGCUGAUGUUCAUCUCCUCCUGGUAUUAUGCUUUAGUGGCAAUGCUCAUUGCAGGCAUGAUUUACAAGUACAUUGAAUACCAGGGGUAAGUAGCUUUUGAUCAAAAUAACAUGAUAAUGUGAUUGCUGGGUGUGGGUGUAUGCAUGCACACAGAGCUAUCCGUUUAACAGUAGCUAUACCCUGGGAAGCCCUGAAUUGGAUCUUCCGAAGGAUGCUUAAUUCUAUCAUUUAAUUUCUGAAUUGUUAUGGGUUGUGUCCAACAAAGUUGUUCUAGUCACGCAAGGUUUUCUACUUGCACAACAGAGCUUCCCCACCCCCACCCCCAUCUGCUCCACAGGGGCAGUUCUUGAAAUAGUGGGAGCAGAGGAGAGGAAAUAUCAUUGUGGAAGUCUUUGGGCAAACAAAUGACUUUGGGCUUGUCCACACUUCUGCUUGUCCCAUGCCUAGAAAACUGAGUGGUUUUCUGCUUGCCCUGUGUUUUCUAGGCAUGGGUCCAAGAGGUUUUGUCUUUGCCUUGCUGCUUUCCCUUGGAAAACUGGCUCUUUAGUGCGAAAUCAGAGCAAACGUCAAUUCAGAGAAAACCCAAUUGACUUUUGCUCUGAUUCAGCGAUAAACAGUGGGUUACCCCUUGGGAAACAGCGGGCAAGUGGAAGUGUGGAUGAACCCACCCUUUGAAAGCACAUAGUCCAGUGAAUGUUCUAGAAAUAUGUACUGUUGCAUUGUCCUCUCUAAGUGGGUCUAAACCUGGCCAGUGUUAGUACGGUAGGAAGGGGAGCAUGUGGCCCUUCAAACAUAGUGUUGAAUUCCCACCACCUGGAAGUCAUUGUCUGUCUGGCCAAAUGGUAAGGAACACCUCCCUGUUAUAUAGGGAGAACUCUGGGAACUUUAUGUAAACUGUUCUAUGAUUCCCAAAGGAAGAGUGAGAUACAAGGGUAACAAAUGAAUAGAAUAUGGAUGUCUAGCUAGGGAAGCCCAGCCAGAUGGGCGGAGUAGAAAUAAUAAAUUAUUAUUAAAUUAUUAUAGUCAUGGGAAGUCCAUUUAUACUGUGAGACACCAAAUAAGUGAUCUAAAUACAGUUUUUUCUGGAAAGGGAGUCGCGCCCUAAGCUGGCUUAAUUUUGUAAAUUGUGUUUUACAGGGCGGAGAAGGAAUGGGGUGAUGGGAUCCGGGGCUUGUCUCUAAGUGCUGCCCGAUAUGCUCUGCUGAGAUUGGAAGAAGGGCCCCCACACACCAAGAACUGGAGGUGACUUCUUGUUGUUUCUUCCCAGUUAAUGAAAUGGAGAGUUGUGUUUUCCCCAGAUUCUGAACUUGCAUGAAAUCAAAAUAAUGCUUAUUUUGCAAGCCCCUUGAUGCAGGACUUUUUACUUAUUUUAAAAAACAUGUGUGGAAGAGGCUCUUAUGUGCAGAUUCUUCCCUCCAAUACAAAAAUGCUGGAAGACUGUCUGCAGAGAACUAGUAGGAGCCAAACUGAAGACAACCAAAAUGAAACAUUUCAGCAAUGCACAGUUUUAAGCUAUGAACCUCUUGCCUUAGAUAUUGUAAUUUUCACAUAAGGUUCUGUUGCUUCUUCCAUCUCCUCCCAUGUCACCAUGUCUAAUGUCCUGCUUGGGUUUAUGCAACUAAAGAUCACACCCUCAUGCACACCCUCCACUUCUCCAAGGCUACUUAUUGCAGGGAAAGAGUCGUAAUGAGAGAGGCAUAGCAAUUAGCCAGUGUUGAGCAAUGCUUAAAGUGUUGGACUAGGACCUGGCAGCCGUUCAUGAAUGAAGCUCACUGGGUGACCUUGGGCCUAGCCAUCCUCACAGGAUUGUCAGAAGACUAAAUUGGGAGCAAGUAGCCAUAUACGCCACACUGAGCUCCUUGGAGAGAGGGAGAAGAAACAAAUGGUGUUGGAACUGUCUUUCAGACAAGUUUUUCUGCUAUUACUGAGUUUCUCAUGAAGGAUUGCCUCAGCAUUCUAGGAACACUAAUAUGAAAAGCCCUGUCAUAAAUCAAAUUGUUACAUACUUUCUGGCUGUAUGGUCCUCUUUCAUAGAAAUGUCACACAUGUUGCGCAAAUAAAUAUGGUGAUCCAGCUGUCUCCCCCCCACCCCCAGGCCCCAGUCAGGCCCUUGAAAGUCUGGGUGGGUAGCUUUAUUUAGUAUGCAGCCUUCAGCCUGUUUGGCUUAGAUUUAGAUGUGAACUUCCCAUGUGAACUGAAUUUUUGAUGAGCCAGUCUCCUAGUGAAAACUGUCUGAAUAUAUAAAAGCCAGCUGGUGAAAUAGCUCUUCAAUGCUUCCAAGCCAGAGUGCUCCUUAAGAGCUGCUUAAUAUUCAAAAACCUGGCCCCCAAACCGUUUCUUUUCCUCUCUUUUCAGACCGCAGCUGUUGGUGCUUCUGAAACUGGACGAAGAUUUGCAUGUGAAAUACCCCAGACUGUUGACGUUUGCUUCUCAGCUGAAAGCCGGCAAGGGACUGACCAUCAUUGGAACAGCGAUACAAGGCAACUUCCUGGAGAGCUAUGGAGAAGCACAGGCGGCUGAACAGGUGGGCAUGGGGGGGGGGAGUCUAAACACAAAGUGUACGUAUCAUAGAGCAUUUGGCAAGAAAGUUUAUGGCUUUCUAAGGCCUGAGGCUCCAUCCAGAAAAAGCCUCUUGGCAGGCAAGCAAAUCGUUUUCUAGCCAAUAAUGUGUUUUCAGAGAUGUGCUAAGGCUUCAGCUGAACCAAAGACUAAAGAAUGUCUGAGUGCAGUGUUGUUUUGUUUAUUCAAGGCUUUUUUCCCAGCAAAGGCUGUGUGUCCUCCACACUAAAAAAAAUAAUUUAAAUUCUCUACCAAAAACGUGAAAUUGUGCUGUGUCAAUGAGACUUGUUUCUGGGCUCCAUUUAGAGUUCUGGUCUUGAGAUCAGGACCUUUAAGUUUGCUUGUCAGUACAGACUGACCAUUUUGCAUGCAUUUGACUGGCGUGUGACUGCCCAAGCAUGUGCCAUUUUCGGCUCCGAAAGGGUGUGGAACGGGGCAGGGGCGGGGUGGGCUACACAUGCAAUUACCUGAUGCCACCCCUGCACAAACCGGGAGUUGCUUAUACACUAAUAUUUUAAUCAGGGACCUUUUCCUGGGUUUCUCCGCCAUCUUGAGUUAUGGUGAGAGGUUGCUGAGGAAAGAGCUUUCCCAGUGGUGGCAGCCAUUAUGGAAUGCUCUACCUAGAGAGGCUGGUCUGACAUCAUUUUGGUUCUAAGGCAAGACUUAUUUUUUUCCAGACCUUUAAAGUUAACUUUAUCUAUUUUGUCUUUGCUGGUGUGCAUGUGUUAUGCUCCUCUACAUAUUUUUUUUCAUGUAUUUCUGUAAGUUUUUUUCAUUUGUUUUCUUGUGUGUUGAAAUUUCAUAAUCUGCCCUGGGAAUCUGAGAGGAGGAGAAUAAUAAAGAAACAAUAAUUUAAAUGCAUACACUUAAAAGUUAUGCAGAUAGAUCGUACUGUGCAGUUUCUUGUUAUUUGCAAAAUUUAUGCUGUAUAUUCCCUCUUUGUUAAUUGUGAGUAGAGAGCAGACACAGACACCAUUUUUACAACCUUCAGAAAUCUUGCUCAGGCAUCCCUCUGUUUCAGCCAACAUGGCCACAUAUAUAAAUCUAUUUCUUGGAAAUCCCUGUACUAAUUAUUCUUUUGGUAAGGAGGACCCUCCCAUAAAUGCAAGUCAACAUGUGCAAGUGGAGAAAUCUGUUUGCAUGUUCUAAUGUUUUUUAAUUGCCCCAUGAGGGUUGACCUUAAUCCUGUUGGCUGUCUUACAGACAAUCAAGAAUAUGAUCGAGAUUGAGAAGGUGAAAGGAUUUUGCCAAGUCGUUGUAGCUAAUAAAGUCCGGGAUGGCAUUUCCCACUUGAUACAGUCGUGCGGAUUGGGAGGCAUGAAGCAUAACACAGUGGUCCUGGGGUGGCCGUAUGGCUGGAGGCAAAGUGAAGACUCAAGAGCCUGGAAAACCUUUAUAGGCAAGUUCUUAGGAUGUUGGUUGGUGUUCUUGCUCUUGAUGUGUGAAAAAUGCUGUAAAUUUGGUUUCUCAUAGUAGAAAGCCCAAUUUGGGGUGGAAUGGUGUGUUUCCAAAAAAAAAGAAAGCUGCCUCUGGAGUGGUAGCAUCACUUUGAAUUCCCCCUUCCCCAUUUAUUGCAGCUGGUGUUGACUUUCACUAUGCUUUGAUGUCAUUGUGUGUAUCUCUGCCUGUGCUUUGCAUCAGUAGUGGCUGCUCUCCAUUGGUUCUGGUAGGGUGGAAGGCAGAGUGGCCAACAUUAGGUGGAGCCACAGCCGAUGAGAGGCUGAGCCAACUGACUCUAGUUUAGCUUCCAUCCUCCUCCCUGUUGAGUUCUACAAGAGCAUCACUGGGACUAAGGGGGACAGCCAAAGCCACCCACUAGUAGGAAGGCAGGUUAGUGUCGCACAAUCCUGUUUGCUUUGUAUUACAAUGCAUCUUUAUUCCUUUUGCCUCCAGACACUGUACGCUGUACAACUGCAGCCCACCUUGCCUUGCUGGUGCCCAAAAACGUUUCCUUCUACCCUGGCAAUCAUGAGCGUUACAAUGAAGGGAACAUCGACGUCUGGUGGAUUGUGCAUGAUGGAGGCAUGCUGAUGCUGCUUCCUUUUCUGCUCAAACAGCAUAAAGUAAGAGUGCCAGGAGCCAGAUGGACAGGUUGGGCUCACCCAUUUGCUUGUGUAUGUCAAUGCAAGCUGUGGAAUACUGGCCACGUUCACACCAUACAUUUAAAACGUUAUGAUACCACUUUAAACAUUCAUUUCUUCCCCCAAAUAAUUCUGGGAGCUGUCAUCUGUUAAGGGUGCUGACAAUCCCCCCCCCCCCAGAGCUACAGUUCUUCCAAGUUCCCUGUGAAGAGGGAUUGAUAGUGAAACCACUUCCAGGAAUUGUAGCUCUAGCAGUGGAAUGGUGGCUCCUAACAAUUCUCAUCCACCCUUCCAGAAUUUUUUGGAGGAAGCUGUGACUGUUUAAGGUGUUUUCCUAGCACUUUAAAUGUAUGAUGCGGAUGUGACCACUAGCUUAUUAUUUUGUAUAACUGGCUCUGCCUGAAAGCACCCAAGCAACCUACAAGGUUUCUAAAAAAGAGUGCACAUCCAAAAACCAUUUUAGAAAAAUGCUCAACAAAAUAUAGUGAAAACCAUAUAUAAAUCAACAGAAGCAGUAGCCUUCGAAACUAGCAACAUUUGAAGAGUAAUCUUGGCAGUCGGUCCAUAUGGUUGAAAUUUACUUAGCUUCAUUUGUAGGUGCUGCUCUAAGAACUGACAGUCGCAUGAAACAGGAAGUUACACAGAAAGUCCAUCCAAGAAGAGGAACUCUUUCUGCUGAGGUCUCAGACUGCCAUUGCUAUUUUGGCAUGACUGUUGCUGCAGCAUUUGGGAAGGAGACAAACAACCUCAGCUGGUGAUUUGGAGGUGCCCAGUGCUCUGAUUAGGAGAGUCAAAUGUUGACAAUCACCUACUUUUUAGUAAUGCAGCACUUCUCAACCUGGUGUUCUGGGCUACAGUUCCCAUCAGCCCCAUCCUGGUGUAGCAUGUCAUGCACACUAUUUUCCUAUCUCAGUGUCAGAAUAUUGGUAGCUGUUUGAAUACCAAGUCAGACCAUUGGUCGCUCUAGCUCACUAUUUUCUACUACUAAGGUUGGCUUUGACUCUUGAGUUCUAGGAAGGAGCUUUCCGCAGCCCUGUCUGGAGAUACCUGUGACUUUUUGCAUGCAAGGCAUGUGCUGUACAACUGAGCUUACAGCCCUUCACACAUUUAUACACAACUAUGUAACUUGGGAACACAGGAAGCUCCUUAUAUAAAUCAGACCCUUGGUCCACCUAGCUUUGUAUUGUUGAUGCAGGCUGACAGUGGCUCUCCAGGGUUUCAGGCAGGUUUCCCUUGCAUUUAUAAAACUUAAAAGAGUGGUUUUUUCGCUUUGUCUUUUUAAAGGUUUGUGCAGCCUUGCAUACUACCAGGUUCUACAGGCUCUGCAUACAUGUUCGAAAGUUUUGAGAAGAUACACAUAUAUUUUCUGCUUCUACAGGUUUGGCGAAAAUGUAAAAUGAGAAUUUUCACUGUAGCUCAGAUGGAUGACAACAGCAUCCAGAUGAAGAAAGACCUGGCCACCUUCCUCUACCACCUCCGAAUAGAGGCUGAAGUAGAAGUAGUGGAAAUGGUAAUGCGGUUUAUCUUGUUCUGUGGUCGAUCGGGGUUUGGGACAAUGCAUUGUGUGUAGCUAUAAGACUGUUGUUCUUGUUUUCAUAGCAAAACAGCGAUAUCUCCGCCUACACUUACGAACGGACUCUGAUGAUGGAGCAGAGAUCUCAGAUGCUGAGGCAGAUGAGAUUGACCAAAACAGAAAGAGAAAGAGAGGUAUGUUUUGCUUUGGUAUCAAAUCAUGUAAAGUGUUGAUGAACGUGUCCCAAAAUCUGCAGACACCUCUUUCACCAAUUCUUCUCUAAUUGCCACGUUCACCUCACCGUAUUGGAAAAAAAGGGUUAUUUUAAAAAAUGCUAUUCUGGGAAACUUCACUUGGGAGGUUCGGCCAUAAAUGAAAUGCCACCACUGUCUGGUUGCCACCCAUCCCACCUCAGACAAUGGGGAAUCAGGAAGUGAUUGCUUUAAGAUAUGUGUUUCACAUCCCCCCCCCCCCCCGCCAUUGGAAUCGGGCAUAUGCAUUGAAAUGAAGUUUGCACUUAAAACCUAGUCUUUUGUGCCCAAACACCUGCAACAAGUUUCACUCCUACGCCUCAGUUUUCAGUGGUGCUCUCAUGUUUCUAAAUGCAAGUGUCUGUUUUGCCAAAACAAAAUCCUUGUUUCUCUCAGUCAGUCAGCCUUGUGUAUAAGCCCACAAAUGUUUUUACUUGUCAUUGUGCCCACAUGUACCUUUGGGAGCUUGAAAGAGGAGAGGUUGGCAGCAUCAUUAGGAACAGGACUAAAAAUGAGAACUGCCAAUAACAUAUCAGCCAGUAUCAUAAUGCCUUUAUACAAAUUGAUGAUGUAGCUGCCCUCGGAAUACAGUGUACAGUUCUGAUCCUCACAUCUAAAAAAGGGUAUUGGUAGAGCUGAGGAAAAGAGCAGCGCAAAUGAUCAAGGAGCUGGAUCGGUUCCUCUGUGAAGAAAGAUUGCAACCUUUGGGGCUAUUGAGAAUGUGGGAACAUGACUGGUGUAUAAAAUUAUGGCUAAAACCUGCUGUAUGUUACCUCCAGUGCUUCUGAAUACCAGUUGCUAGGAACAACUGCGGGAGAGAGCUGAUUUGCUCUAGCCCCCCUUAUGUGCUUUCCAUAGGCAUCUGUUUAGGGAAGUGGUCUGUUCCAAUAGAGCUCUUCUUCUUUUCUUCUGUUCUUGCCUGCUUGGUCACCUGGAAGCACAGCCUUGACUCGCAAAAGCUGGCCUUACCAGGGGCUGUUUACAAGCCUGCUGCAAAUGUUGUUGCAUUUGCAAGGCCUUACCAAAGCUUGGAUUGUGGGAAAGGUGGUAGCCCCCCCUCCCCUUAAUGAAAUCCAUGUGACCUACACACAUGCACACACACCUUUAGCAGAAUCCUAGCCCUUCUGUAAGCUUCAAAAACAGCAGUUGAGAGAGCAAUCUCCCCUGUAAUUUGAGGUCUGGGCCACAGUUGCAUUGAUAGCUCUUUGCCUUCUUGUGCUGUACCAAGACAUUUCAAAAUCUCUUUCCUCCUCAAUCAUUUCCAGCUGCUGACUCUCAAAAAGCAUUAAGUAGAAGAGCCAUAGACUGUUGACUUCUGAAAACAAUAUACCUGCAUGUUUAUUCUUCCAGGCUCAGCUGGUGAAGGACAGGCACUCUAUCAUAAGGUUAGAGAGCCUGUACUCCGAUGAGGAAGAUGAAGGGGAAGCAGUCCCAGAAAGGAUCCAGAUGACAUGGACAAAGGAGAAAUGCGACUCUGAUAAGCGAAUCCGUAACAAUGCAGUGGAGAACUUCCGAGAGCUCAUCAGUAUUAAACCGUAAGUGCAGAGGUUCCUUCUGAGCCAGGAUGUCCACACCUUAAUCCACGUCUGUAGCAUCAUUGGGGGCUUAGGCUUUAUAUUUUGCCUUUUGGUUUGGCAGCACAAGAGCGAAGUAUUUGAAAUGGUGUUUCUUCCACAAAGGGUGGGAUGGACUCUGCUGGCAUUGGGAGGCCAGGAACGCAUACAGUGAUACAUGCCUCUUUGGUAAUGCACUAGUUAUCUGAAAGUGUGGCUCAUUUGCAUGCUGAGAGCAUUGAUAGCAGAGUGGGGUUGUGAGAUUCUCAUAUUGCUAUGGGCCUUGUGAUGUCAGACUGGAGGCAAAGAUAAGGAGUGGUGUAGGAGCUGAGGAAGGAAAAUGCAGGGAGGGACUUAAAGGUUGCUGGAGAAUGAGUGUGUUGAAGGACAUCAUGUGACCUGAUCCACAUGUCACAUUAAGCCAUCAUUAAAAUAAACCAUUGUUUCAUGGGAGCAAGCAGUGUGCUGUGCAUUCAUCUGAAAUCUUGGGCACCAAGCUCAUCCCCUACUGCCAUACAACAAACUAUGGUCUGACUUAUUCAUGUCAGCCAAGCAACCAAGCAAAAACCAAGGUUUGUUUUGAGAGAAGCCAACCACGAGUCUGGGUUUCGAUGUCGUAACAAAUCCAACUGUGGCUUCCUUCUCAGCAGCAGCACCAAGAGUUGGGGGGAGUAAAGCACCCUCAGUUACAUCUUGAGCACACUGCUCAUCCACAUCAAACAAUCAUUUGUUUUAACUGGUUUAAUGUGCCUUGAGAACCAGGUCACUAUGGUCAUGAUUGCGCUUUGCAAUAAACCAAGCUAUCUUGAUUGUUGUUGUUGUUUAGUCGUUUAGUCGUGUCCGACUCUUCGUGAUCCCAUGGACCAGAGCACGCCAGGCACUCCUGUCUUCCACUGCCUCCCGCAGUGGUCAUGAUUGCGCUUUGCAAUAAACCAGGCUAUCUUGAUUACUGUGAUUUAUUGUUCUGCUCUUAUGGCCAGACUAAAAUGUCUUCUCUUUUUGUGUUCAAGACAAUUGGCAUUUUUCCUUUUAUGCUAACAUUAAUUUUAUUACGGUUUGCUUUCAUGCUGUCAGCGAAUGGGAAAAUCUGUAAGUUUGCUUGUUUGCUUGUUUUGAAUAAUCUAAAUCUAUAUCCUCCUCUUAGGUCCAAGCUAGAUGUGAUGGUGGCAGUUGCAUAGGCAGGAGGUGUGGGUUUGGGAUAGCAUUUUAACAGCAAAUGGUGUGUGUACAGCAAAAAGCCUCCCCCAAGUUUCUCUCUCAGAAGAGGACGGGGAGAAAAGGUUUUUAAGAGAUUCUGAUGGGCCAUACCAAAGUCCUUAGGUGUGCUUAAAGUAGCUCUUGGAUGGGAAGCAAAGACCGUCAGUAGCUGCUAGACAUGAUUAACUGGUCUGAUCCAGGAGAAGUCUUAUGUUCUCACUUACAAUAAAUUGGAAAUUAAAGUAAAAUAGAAGCAAAAAAAUUAAAUUAAAUUAAGAAAUUAAAGUAGAGUAAAAGCAAAGGUAUUUACUAGCUUCAUCAGAGUUGAAACUGACCAUUGGGCUGGUUGAUGGGCAUUUGGCCAGAAGCCAUUUUAUAAGGAUGCUGGCAAUAGUUGUGAAGGCCCAAAGGAGCAGAUUGAACUUCUUGUGGGUCAGAGAAAGAUUGCAGAUGUUGCAUGACUUGGUGUAUUGGUAUUUGGCAAUUAUUUUAUUUGCAUCCUGGUUGGAUGGUGGAAUGCUACAGCAAAUGCAUCCUGUUUUAGUCAAAACGAGCCCCCUUUCUAUCCCAUUCCUUUUGGUCCUCAAUGUGCCAAAAGAAAUGCAACAUCCUAAACCUUGUUUUCUUUGGUUCUCCCUCUGUCCCAUGUCAGAGUGCUUGUAAUUCGGGUUAACUGCCCACUUGAAGAUUUCCUGUUCACUCAGUUUUACUUUGUACCUUGAUUUGUUCUUGGAUUGCUUUUUCUCCAGGAGAUUGAGAUAGGAAAUUAUGUAAUGGCAUUAGCUUUUCACUUAGUUACAGCUCUUCCUAUACAGCCCUUACAGGAUGUAUAAAAAAGGGCCAAUGCAAAAAUGAGGAAAUUCCAUAUUUCAUUCAAUGAGAUAUGAAGUGACAGAAUCGCAUUUUGAUAACCUUGUAUGUGUGGCGUUUGCUGUUACAACCUACCAAAAACAGAAGCAGAAUGGGGACAAGGGGGUACACACACCAGCAUUUCAAGAUUUUGGCAGUACUUGAGAACCUAGCGUUUUAGUGGGAGGGAACUAAAGUUUUUGUAACAUUCCAUGUUGGCGAUGCUUUUCAUUAAUACUCUUAAGCUUGCAAAUGCUGACUUCUAACACCACUUGUAAUUGUGAUCUUUCAACAGAAACCAGUCAAAUGUCCGGAGGAUGCACACUGCUGUAAAGCUGAACGAAGUCAUUGUAAACCGAUCCCAUGAUGCACGACUUGUUCUUCUCAACAUGCCUGGCCCUCCCAAGAACACUGAUGGAGAUGAAAACUGUAUCCUUUUUCAUGGCAAUUUAAUGACCCCAUGUAAAACACACAGAAGCAGACAAACUCAAAAGAGGUUAUGCAGUUGGAUUCAUCUGAGUUUGAGGAAGGAUGAAUAUUAUUAUUAAUAAUACUAUAAUAAUAAACGCAUUACCCAUCCUUCACUCUAAGGUCCAAGAACAAGUUACAACAAUUUUAAAUACAGCAUUAAAACCAUCUUUUUCUAAACUAAAAAUUUUAAAAAAUAAGGUGACAGAAUCCGUUCCGGAAGUCCAUUCGACUUCCAAAUUGUUCGGAAACCUAAGUGCAGCUUCUGAUUGGCUGCAGGAAGCUCUGGAAGCCCCGCUGGACAUUCUGCUUCCAAAAAUAGUUCGCAAACCGGAACAGUCACUUCCAGGUUUGUGGCGUUCGGGAGCAAAAAUGUUCAAGAAUUAAGCUGUUCGAAAACUGAGGUAUCACUGUAUACAGUGGUACCUCAGGUUACAUACGCUUCAGGUUACAGACUCCGCUAACCCAGAAAUAGUACCUCGGGUUAAGAACUUUGUUUCAAGAUGAGAACAGAAAUCGUGCUCCGGCGGCGCGGCGGCAGCAGGAGGCCCCAUUAGCUAAAGUGGUGCUUCAGGUUAAGAACAGUUUCAGGUUAAGAACGGACCUCCGGAACGAAUUAAAUACUUAACCCGAGGUACCACUGUACAUCUCUGGUGUCAAUGGCUGGGAUAAAGAGGUACUUCUUAAGCAUUUGCAGAAAACUGUAUAAUGAAGUUGCCAGAUGCAGCUCUAUGAGGAGUUCCACAAUUUAGGAGCUGCUGCCGAGAAUGCUGCCUCCUGGGCGGCCACCCCAAGCUUCUAAGGGCAGAGAAAGAGGGCCCUUAGAAGUAGGGAAGUAGGUGGUCUUUCAGAUAUUUGGGCCCUCAGUUGAUUAGGACUUUAAACACAAAAAUGGGCACUUUGAAUUGAGUCCAGAAACAAACUGGCAACCAAUGCAGCUGAUUUAGAACACUGGUUAUAUGUGAUCUAAAUGGAAUCACAGCCAAUAAUUUGGCCACUGCAUUUGGGGCCAAGUUUCCAAGUCAUCUCCAAGGGCAGCCCCAUGUAGAGGACAUUGCAAUAAUCCAAUCAAUGUUAUGUAUAGUAGACAAAUCAUUUCUGUUCAAAAGGAGUCGUAGCUGGUGAACCAGCCAGAGCUGAAAAAAGGCACUUGUAGCCAGAGACUGUCUGAGCAUCCAGGAGAGAGACUGCUUGGCCAAUAGGAAGAUUGCAGGCUGCUAUUUGUUUAUGGCCUGGGCCCCAGGUAAGCUCAUCUUCCUUUUGACACUUCAUUCAAUUGGUGCUGAUCCCAAGCGCCUUUGGAGCUUGUUAGUUUGCAAUGCAGGAAUAAAACAAAGACACAGCUGAGUUGGAAUAGAUGAACCUUGGGGUCCCUUCCAACUCUACAAUUAUUAUUUUUUUGCUGUGCGUGGUACUCAUCUGUUAGUUUUAGGUUCUAUGUUGUUGUGUGCAUCAUGAUAUAAAAACAAUCUGUAUCACUUUGUGUAUUCUUAAAUUGAAAGUGGGAAAGUAAAGGCCAUAAUGAUACUAAAAUACAGUGGUGCCCCGCAAGACGAAUGCCUCGCAAGACAGAAAACCCGCUAGACGAAAGGGUUUUCCGUUUUUGAGUUGCUUCGCAGGACGAAUUUCCCUAUGGGCUUGCUUCGCAAGACGAAAAUGUCUUGCGAGUCUUGAGAUUUUUUUUCGCUUUCCCCCCCCUUUUUCUAAGCCGCUAAUAGCCUUUUAGCAGCUAAUCCGCUAAUCCGCUAAGCCUUUAAUAGCCGCUAAACCGCUAAUAGCGCUAAUCCGCUAAGUCGCUAAUAGGGUUGCUUCGCAAGACGAAAAAACCUCUAGACGAAGACACUCGCGGAACGGAUUAAUUUCGUCUUGCGAGGCACCACUGUACAGUUCUGUUUCUACCCAAAGGGAGGGGCAUACAGGGACCUGAGUUUCCAGGUAGAGAUUUUUCUCUAACAUUUGCAAAUUAUAGUAGUAAUGCAUCAUUCAGCUAGAAUUAAACUCUUUGAAGUCCCAUUGACUUUAAUGAAAGAGUUAAUUCAACUCUCUGGGAGAGUUAAUCUCUACUUGAAUUGUGCCCCUUGAGUUACAUUUGUUCCAAAGAGAUUUUAGAUUGUUUUAAGUGUGCAUGAAGGCUUUAUUUACUUGGUAUAGAAUUCUAUAAAGGCUAUUCAUGUCAAUCUAUAGAGGUUUCUUGCCUUGACUUCAGCUGACCCAGAUAUGGAAUUUCUUGAGGUCUUGACCGAAGGUUUGGAGCGAGUGUUACUUGUCAGAGGUGGUGGCCGAGAAGUCAUCACCAUCUACUCUUGAUCCAAACAAAACAGCACCUGACACCAUUUACCCUUUAUGAUAAAAGGACAUUCCGGUUCUUGAUGGAAAAUGGGGCUUUUCUUUUUCUCUGCCUCUAUCUGAACUAUUCUCUUCCCCGAAAAGCAUACACAAAUCACUGUAUGUCUAUAAUGCAUGUUCCACUGCAUUAUUCCAGUUCCAACAUACAUAUCUGUUGGGGUGUGAUUGUACUGUACCAUUCUGCUUAGGGACACAUUUAAUCAUGACUCUGAUGUAGCUCUGCUUCUGCUUUCAUAUUCUGGCAGACGUUUGUACAGUUCUGAUACUGAACCUUCUUUUUUUUAAGGAAAUAAAAGUGCAGAAUUUUUAGUAACUGAAUGUAAUAUGUUAGAACUGAGCUCUGUUAUCAGGUAGGAAUAUUUUAAACAAAUACUUUACCGUAGGGUAUAGAGGGGGCACUUUGCAGGGCAGCUAGUUUCUACUGCUGCUGAUCUUCUGUAACUUGUAAGUAACAGAGGGGGAAGUAUCCUAACCAGCACUGUCUAAAUCAUUGGUGGCUAAGCUGUGGCCUUCCAAAUGUUUUUGGACUAUCUUCAGCCCUAGCCAGCUUGGCCCAAGACGAUGGAAGUUGUCUAACAAUAAAUUAGCCAUCCCUUUUUUAAAAUAUACACAAUUUUUGUAAACUCAGCUCCAAAUUUGUGUUGAAUAAAAAAAUACAUUUUGAGAAACAUUUUAAAUUAUGAAAAUUAUGUAUGUAGAUUGCUUCAAUAUGCAAGAGACUUGGGUCUCUUGAUUGAAAAUUACCCUCCCUGUCUUCCCCCUUAUUUAUUUUUUCUAUUUAUUUGUUAGAAACAUGGCAGUAAGAAAGCAACCAGUGUAGACUAAUGAUUGUCGUCUGCUGCCUGCAGGCCAUUUUUAGCUGGAGCAGUCUGUUAUAAAUGCAUAGCUAGAUGUUUUAAUAGUUUAUUUAAAUAAAUUAGAUCAAAAUUUGUGUGUAGCUCUGCUGUUUCAAAUAGUUGCAGGCUACUUAUGCUGUAAAUGGGUAGAUUGUACUUGUCCAAGAAUGUCAGUGCACCCUUUGGGUGGCAUACUGGUCACAGAUUGAGGGUUGAUGGGAGGGGGGAGAGGAAAGCUUUUUAUAACCAGGAAGUCUAAAGGUUUUUUUUAUCGCACCCAUUAAGUUGUAUUUACUGUACAGGAGGUCUGUAUUUUUUUCAAAUAAAAUAUUGCAUUCACUUUAGCCAAUGUCAUCUAUCCUGGGAGGAGUACCCCAUUCUUCUGUAUGCACUUUGACUCGCCAGCCUUCCAAAACAUCACUACAGAACACACUUGUACACAAUUGCCUGUAUUGUUGAUGCCCAAAUCCGGAUGCAGAGUGCCACUAGUCUACACUAGGGGGCAGGGAACCACUGUUACUGGAGAACCAAAACCAAGUGAUCACUUUGACAUGUGAGUGGCCCUACCCAUCUGUCAAUCGACAGGCAUUAGGCACCUCUCAAGCCGUGGUUUGAAUUGAGUGCCUUUUUCUAUCGCCCUGCAGGGAGACAAAGGACACUCAUCCAGCACUUUACCAGAAAAGAACUACAGUAUAGUGGUUAAAGUAUUGUUUUAUUUUCUCAGUGGUUAAUUUUUAUCCACUAUUGCUUCUUUAGUGCUGUGUCGUCCCCCCCCCCAAAAAAGUGUUGUUGUGACAUUAACUAAAUCAUUAGAACUACGGUGGAAGGUGACAAUCUUUUAUUGGAAGUUUUUAAGCAGAGAUAGAUGGCCAUCUGUUGGGAUUCUUUACCUGUGCUCCUGGACUGCAGAGGGUAGAUGACCCUUGGAUUCUCUGGCAACUCUACAGUUCUGUGAUUCUAACCACAGUUGCAAAGGAAGAAUUAGUGCACUUUUUAACUUUCAGUAACAGGCUGCAAAUAAGGCAUGCCUAUGAGGUGAGUGGUUUGUAACUAAUAAGCAUAAAUUCCAUUAGUCACAAAUCUAUGGGUUACAACCCCCACACCACUGCCCAUCUACUCUUUCUGCACUUCAAGCCUAAGGGGAGGUAAGCAUCAAGUCUGUUCGUUAUGCAUUACAUUGCAGAAUAACUUGAACACUGAGCUAUGGAUUGAAGGAUCUCCCUGCAGACUUAAGUUAUACAGGAUACUUUCAUUCCCACUCAUCUUUGCAUGAGCCUACCAGAAACGUGUCUCACACAUAACAUAUUUUUAUCAUGUAUACGCAUUUGCCAAUGCAAAAGGAGCUGCUUUUGUAAAAACUAAAACAAAGUGUUAACUGUUAGGCACCUUUUAAUCUCUCAAAAUAGUACAAACCCAUGUAAAUUUUAGUGCCAAUCAGCCUUUAUACACACACACGCACAUACCACUGCUGUAUACAUACAUUUAAAAAUAAAAUUUCUACCCAAAACAUAUCUGAUAAGAUUUUACAAGUUAAUAUUUCAAAAAACACACAAAUCCCCCCCCCCUUGAAAUCUGGCAUUCAUCAAGCCAUUGUGUAGAAAUAACCCUGCACAGUCCAUAAUAGCUGGUACUUUUUUCUCCCUUGCAAUUUCAGCUGUGCCUUCAAAGGCAAUUUACUGCAGAUGAUGACAACUGAGGGCAGUGGCAGACUUCUGCCAGGCAACUUUGGGAGAGUAGUUCCACCUACCAAAAGAAGCAAGAGAGAGGCCUUAGCAAAAAGGAUAAAGGUGUGUUGCGGUGGGAUUUGGAAAGGCUCAAAAGCACACACAGCUCUUGGAAUUAUGGCCAUCAUAAAAACAAAGGUCAUACAAGUGGCACAAAAUCAUUGUGGUACACGUGAGCUUGGAGUUCUCAACUGAUAAGCUUGCUUUACAAACAUCACACAUUGUUACUGACUAAGGUUUACUAUACAAGCUACUCCACCCUUCAGCGUUGUUGCUUUGUACAGAUUGUUCUAGUAUAUACAAUGUAAUUUUUUCCUUGUUCCCUGCCAAAAACGUAUUUUUCUGACUGUUGAGCCUCCAUUCUAAGCUGCGCUUCCAGAAUAAAUCAAUGUCUCUUACCGGGUGACUUUAUAAAUAACGCACCAAAGGGAACCCAGUUUCUCUAGGAGUAGAAUUUGCUGUUGCUGACUCUCUUCUCCCUCAGUCUGAAAAGAGGACAAAGAAAAAAAGUCAGCCUUGUGGCAGGACAUGCAUCUAUCCAAGUCCCCUGCCUGGCCAGCAUGGCAUUUAUAUAGCAGUUGAUAUCUGAGGAAGUACAUAAUUUUAAGGAAAGAAAAUACUAAGAGUCAUAAUUGUAAACUGCUUUUUUAACAUUCAAGUGGUGCAUAAAUAUUAUUAAACAGGAAGCUGUAAAUUAAAUCUUAACAUUUAU